UGGCCUCAGGAUGAAUCAGGGAUGAGACGCAGGACUAACUCCUUGACACACUCGCUGAGAGACUGCACUCGCUUCUCAUGCACACUCACCCUUUGCUCAUGAGGACACUGCCGGGUUUUCAAGAAGGAAGAAUGGGGCAGUGUUUUCAGCUUGACACCCUUUCUGUUUGACUUUUUCUUUGGGGGGCUAUCAGGGGGGGAAGUUUUUUUUUUUGAACAUCACUUUCAGAAGACAGAUUGGAUACAAGGCUGCUGACAAGGCCGCCUGUUAUUUGACAUUCAAGAUGAAGAAGUUUUUGCAAAACAAAAAAGGCAGAUACUCUUUUCGGCAAAGCAAACGGGGCUCUCGGUAUCCAUCCAAAGAUUUCUGUAAGUCCUUUAUCGGCUUCAUCCACUCUGUGAAUCCUGCUGUGGCACAUCUCUAGCUUCCUGCUGCACCAGAGGGUUUAUAGCUGAUUAUAUUCAUAAAAAGCCAUCAUGAAUUUUGGUAAAUCAGUAUUAGACAUAAAAGAUGUUUUUGAGAGCGUUUGGAUUAAAUCAUCCUCUGUUUCAGUUCUAAGUUUGGCCUUCAACUGCCACAAGUGCCUCUUUAUUUGGAAGUUAACCCUCACUAACUCGUGGUUAUUUGACUCUACUUUUACCUGUGGAGUGUGCUCUGUUACUUCAUUACAUAACUUUCAUUCAACAGGAUAGGCCGACAUGUGCACUGAAUAGAAAAAUAGCUGGAGGACCUCUCCCCUCUCAAACUAAUUAAGGUCACAAUCUCUGCAAUGCCUUAAUUUGAUUGGCUGCUUUGGAGUCUGUGAACAAGGUCAGGGACCUGACAGGGUGACAUGGUUCAGGGUAGAGGGUUACAGAGCUGUGCUCGAUAGUACAACUUGAGACACUGGAGAAAGCAGAUAAGCUGAGAGAGAGACUGAUCUGAAUGUCUUGAAUUGGAGUUUGCAGAAGAUAGUUUGAUCCAAGGGUGCUUUUUUGCGAUGUCUACUGACUUGAAUGUAUUGGCCUCAGUGGGUAAGUGAGAAAUAACGCUAUGUGUGAUCUGUGAUUUACAACUUGGCCGUUUUUCCUCAUGAUUUUCAGAAAAGCUAGAAUGAGGGACAAUGAGGGAUAAAAUCUGCGUUUUUACACAUGUUGUUGUGCUACUUCGAGACUUUUAGUCCACAGUGAAGCCACAACUGUAAAUGCAAGUUUUUUUCCAUGUCUUCUUGUCCUCUUUAGUCCUCAGCAUGCCGUCGUCCAAUCAGGGCUGGCCUGAGGAGUUUGGCUUCCAGCUGGGUGGGAACGGACCGAGCUACAUCCUCUCUGUGGAGGAAGGCAGCAGUGCCCACCUUGCAGGGUUACAGGCUGGGGACCAGGUCCUUGAGAUCGAGGGUCAUGAUGUGUCAACGCUGGGUCCCCAAGCUGUCAUGGCCAUCGCUCAGACUCAGAAGAACAUCCCUCCAAGUAUCGGAGUGGUGUCCCGAAUUCAGCAGGUCUCACAGCAUUUGAAUCCAAUUACAUAUUUGGUUUAUGCAUGCCUGUGUUAUGUUUAUUUACAGAUUCUAAAUGAAAUAUGAAAUUUGGGUCUGGAUUUUAGUCAGGGAGGUGCUCUGGUUUCUAUUAGCUGAGUGUAGUUGUAGUGACCAUUUGUCAGCAGGGUUUUGUAUAUGCAGGAAAAAUAGUAUGUAUGGAGAGAUAAAGAAGGCGGUAUGUUUUUUUUUCUCUAUAGAUAGUUUUCUUCAUGCAAGUGCAGCUCUAGAUUGCAAAUCUAGCCACAAAUCUGCUUGACUCUGUAUUGCGAAGGUCAUUUAGGGUUAAGACUCUUAUCCCCUGAUUCAGUUUUUUCAAGCCAAUGGAGUCCAAGAUAUUUGGCUCCUAAGCUUUUCCAUUUAUCAUUUUCAUUUGUCCUUGCAUUACAGAUGGACAUCGUACCAGGUCCGGAUGGCCGUUUUGGGUUUACCAUUGUGGGAGACUGCCCCCUUCUGGUAGAAGACUGCUCACCAUGCUCGCCAGCUGGCCGUGCAGGCUUGAGGGCCGGGGAUUACGUCAUGGAGGUCAACGGCAUCCCCGUAAGGCAGCACGAGACGGCAGCAGCGCUGAUCAAGGCCUCUCAGGGGAGGACGCUCCGUCUGGGGGUGCUGUGUAUCGGCCAGAGGCAGAAGCAUAGCAUCAGUAUUGAGGACAGUCAGAUGGGAGGAGACGGGGCAAGGCUGGACCGUAAACAUAAAGCGCUGGAGUUCAACAGGAAGGUAGGACAUAACACUCAUAACAGAUCAGAUGAAUCCAGGUGAAUUUAUGUACUUGGAUCAGUUGAAUUUGGAGUUUGAAGGCUCUCAAGAAAGCCUCCACCUGCUUUAUUCAGCCAGCAAGUAAAUCCUACAUAAAUGUACUUCAACUUUUAAACAAGGCUUUUUUUUAAUUGAAGUGGUAUGUUGAGUGCUGCUGUGAGAAAAACUGUAAGAUCUCAGUAUAGCUAAAGUUGUUCUGAGUGUUUGAUAUUAUUUUCGUCUUCCUCUCAGGUGGACCAGAUUCUGGGCGAUGAACCUGAGGUGAAAGAGAAACUCUUUGCUGUGUUGAAGCAAUAUGCUGCUGAGAAGAAAGUUGAGUGGCUGGCCUCAGUCCUGCCAGACAUACUCGCCACUGAUGAGCAUCGACAGCUCAUCUCUAGUAUCAGGUAAGAGUCAGAGCUUAAACCUUUGUUACAAUGAACUGCCAGACACAGCACAGAAAAAGCUGCUGGUGGACAGAUGGUUUUAAAUUCAGUGGAAACAUAACUCUUGAAUCUGGCCUAUGAGGGGCUUUUAGAAACACUGUUCAGAGUAACUAUUGCUUGAAUGAGACCACAGGAAGUGUCAGCUUCUGCUGCUCAAACAUAAAGUAAGUGCAGAAGAACAAGACAGUGUUUUUUUUCUUGAGUGUCCACUCAUAGCAUGCUGCAAAAUCCAAUAAAUCCAUGUUAGAGCCCAUAAUGAAAUGCCCGUCUGACACAAAACCAGAUUUUCUUUCUAUUGCUACCAUUUCUCUAUUCAUGACAGCUUAACUGUUUUACAACUUAUUUGUUUUAGUUAUAUUAAGGUUAGGAAUUAAAUACAGUUGAUAACAAUUAGGAUUACAGCUGGUUUGACUAAUAUGUGGGUGUGUUGAAGCUGUUUGCAAGUCGACCUACAAAGAUAUUGCCUUGACUCUGUCUCUUGGCCAGAAGUUAGCUGGAAUCAGCAAUUCAAUAUGUGAGCCAGAAAGCAAUGUGUAACAUCACUUAGAGCAUGCUUAUGUUUUAUUCAGACCAAAGAUAAAACUAAUUCACAUAACACAAUAAAAAAAAAACUUUAUGUAUUACAUACAUUACAUAGAAAUAGCCAGUGUAGGCCAUAGAGAGGCAUCAGCAUAAUAUGAAUGUGUAGUACUGAGCAGCCAGAGUUACGAUUUAUGUAGCCAAAGCAUCCCUUACAACAAAAAUACUGUUAUGUUGUCUUGCAAAAGGCUGUGAUCCAAGGACAUAAAAAUUUAGCCUGCCAGGAUUUCAAUUUGUGCCGCAUCAAGCCUUCAAUGUUAUUUAUUUAGGGCCUGUGUUCACUAAUAGCACUUGUGGGCUGGCAGUGCCUCAAUUUCAGAGUGCUUAUGUUCUUAUGUGCAUUUACCCAUGAUAGGUUAAAAAAGUUGUGCUGCUUGGUAUUGCUGUUAAGUUUUUUAAAGAUGCUCUGUAUAUUUAAUCUUUUAGUCAUUAUUGGUGUUUACAAGGAAAAGGUAAAGAUGAUGGGGGUGGAAUUCAGGGGGAAGACAUGCAGCAAAUCAUCAAACUGGGGACUGCUGCAGCAAGGAGCAUAGCCUCCAUAAACAAGGUGUGCACUAAAAUCACUCCAAAAAGUUGGAGUAGCUUAAUGUUGACUAGUUGUUAACAGAGUUAAUAUCUGUCUUGAUUCUGAUUGGUCGCUGAUGGAAAAGGGACACCCAUGCUGUGGUGUCUAAAAAUCGGAAUGAUCUUCAACUGAGAGGGCAUCAAUCAAAACAGUCAUCUUAAUUUUUUUUUACCUUGUGAUUGCUGAAAACCCUGAGCUGCAUCGUAUUUGUAUGGUAAAAAGAAGAUGCCAUUGCAAACAACAGUCAGUGGACACAGGCCCUUAUGCUUCUUGAUGUUGUAUCCCGCUCACAUCCCCAGUGAUUCCUGCACAGCAGGUGUAGGUGAACCCCAUCUGCCACUCAGGGUAAAUCCACUGACCCCCAAAGUUGCUUAAAGUAUCAGGAGUCUUAAUGAAACUGGGAGGCUAAAUCUACACUGAGGGGCCCCCAGCUUAGAGUUUUGAGAGUUAAAUCAGGAUUGGCAGUGUGGACUGGAUUCACAGCAUGGAGAUGUAUGUGAUGAUGAGCCACAGAUAGAUUUAGUUGAGUGCUCGCUUCAUGAAAACAUCAUUUAAUAAUGGUGGUCAUGCUGCUCUGCAACCACAGGCCUUUUCAAGUAAAAAAAGAGACAAAAACUCGAGCUACAGGAAUGGAGUAAUGCCAGAUAAGUGAAAAAGUGACAAAGCCGUUCAGGUAGCCAGAGUUCUGCGGUUGUGUGUGUGCCAGAAUGACCGGCACCCCUUCUUUCUCCAAAUCCCCUGACAGUUUGUCCACAGAUUGCACUUCUUCCACAAGUACAGCCAAUCAAACCUUUUCAUUCCCUGGCUUCCUGCGUGAAUACACCACUUUUUAUAGUGUGACUAAUACACUGUAAGAGGGUUUUCCAGCUGUAUGAGGUCCAUGUUGGGUUAGUUUGGGGAAAUAACCGUGAAACAUGGGGAUUUUACUGCUUUAAAUUGGUCAUGAAUUAUUCAACCACCUGAGAAGUCCUCACUGGUUUGAUUAAGAUAAAAGACCUUUAUUUGCACAUGCACAGACAACAACCUUAAUGUCAUUUCUCUAUUGUUUCUCCAUCCCCCACUCAUUUCACAACUCUCUUACCUCUCUAUCUCUCUCCCUAUGAAGGGGGGGGUUUGUGUUUGGCUCUGAUGGAUUUUCUUCUCAUUAUUCCGCUCAGAGCUUGGGCUGUUCCCCACUCCCUCUCCCUCUCUCUCUCUCUCUCUUUCCCUCUCUCUCUCCCUCUUGCUCUCUCUCUUUCUGUGGGGUGACCAUUUUCCCUUGACAUUUUGCAAAGACAGCCUCCUGCAUGCACCAAGGUCCCCCCCUCCCUGUAUUUUUUAUCCCCUCUCAGUGAAGCAGCAGGGGCAUCAUGAUGCAACUUAGUGCUUAGGUUCAUUUCUGAGCUAUGGGUGACAGCUGAAAAGAUGAACUGUCUGGGGUGAGUAUAUCUUUUCUUUCCUUUAUUCUGUUGAGCUUAAAUGUUUGACUUCGAGGGAAUUUAAGCAAUUUAUGAGCUGCUUUUGGGCUGCACUGUUUUACUAAAUGGCAUCAGUGUUGUUAAGUAUGCAAAGUGGGUGAAUAUUUAAUGCUGAUGAGUGCUGCAUAGGAUGGUUGCAGCUGUUGAUAUUUAACAUCUGAUAUUUUUACUUCUAAUUCCUCUGUUCCCUGGUUGUUCUGCAAGCUUUCUUCAAGGCUUUUUUCAUGCUUUAAAUCUAUAAUUCAUGGACUCAAACAAACUGUCAACCGUGUUUUUGUAGUUUAAAAGUGUGAUGCAACUGCACUUUGAUGGACACAGCUGAAUGUAAGAGAGUUAGCAACACAAAGACACACAAUUGUUCCGUUGUCUCUAACGAGACUGAAGUCAUUAGGAUGAGUGAUGCUCUGCUUCCAGGAUGUAAUCUCUCUCCACGUGUAUGAGGGUGUGUGUUCGGGUUUGUCUGGGUGCAGAUGUGCUGAGGAGCUCAAUGUUGAUUUUUUUUUCCUGGGAUUACAUAAAUAUUAAUUUUAAAAUCUUAUCUGCCCAUGUUAUGUGGAGUGUGGGUUUUCUUUUACAAAUAACAGACAAGCUUUGUGGUUUCUAUUUCUGCUCAAACCUGCAUGGUAACAUAGCAGUCUGUAUGCAACUGUGUCCAAAUAGCUCCACCUUUACAGCUCUGUAGAAAUCAAGCUAACAUUUACACCUCUGAGCACUUUUUCUCGUUAAAUAUAAUGAUGCAAGAUAGGUUUGUCAAAACAAUCUACCUUCCAUUGGCUCAUACUGUGCACAAGGUCUUCUUUUCAAUAGUGCUGAUGAAGAUGGUGUUAAAUUUUAACUGCAAGAGUCAACGGCUGCAGGGUGCUGAGCUGCUUUUAGACAAGAAACAUCAGCGGCUUGCAAACUGUUUUAUAUUCAAGUCUGUGUGUAGAGGCAGCCCCACGAGCUAUGACAUCAAUGAAUGGAGGUUUGAAGUGAAAGGUUUCUUCAAAGAUAAUCCUCCAUGUUGUAAAAUUGCAGCGGAGAGAAAAAAAGGCACCAUACUAUGUUUUGUCAUCUUUGUUGAGAGUGCAUUUCUUAUUUAGAUGUCUUCCUUUCAUUUCAAAAUGAAAUGAAUGCCUUAAACGGGUUGUAUAAAGUCCUAUUCCAACAACAAAAGAAUUCCUCUUACCACAUGGAGCUUCAUUUAAGUGAAUUCUGCAAAGGUUUUUCUAUAGAUUUGCAGUCUGCAAACUAGAUGUCAGAAAUUAUGAAUCAUAUUUUUAGAAGAAAUACAUAGAUGAGUAUUGUAGCUUGGCUUGGUUUCAUGGAUCACUUUUUGAAGUAUGGGGAGCUUAUUGCUAAAGGUGCAAUGCUGAGUUGUCCAGCCUUGGUGAAAAGUGCUGAAUUACAAGCAGAGGCCUGAUCCCACAAGGAGAUCAGAGUUUUGGAAACAUUAACUCCAGAGAGAUAGCACACUGUAAAUUCACGUCAUGGAAUCAUAAUACUAUUAUUAUUAUACACCUGAGCGACACUGGGGAAUGCUCCAUCUUCGUCUUAAUUUGGUAGGAUUCAAACUGUCUUGUGUUCAGAUUGUUUCUUCUGUCUUCUCGCUGUUCAGGCUGCUGGUUCGAACGAGGUCGUCAUUCCUGAAGUUACCAGCAGUAGAUUUAUAGGGCUUUUGAUAAGAUAGCCAAUAGCUAGUUAGUUUUGCCUUUUUCUUUGGCCGUAGAAAGCGCAUUAACGAUUUCUUACCAACAUGCACUAAGUGAAAAUCAUGCAGUGACAAUAAAAAAGACACGUGGAGGUAGUGGGGAUCUGUGCACACCUGUUGAUAAAAGAACGCUUAAAAAGGAAAUUCAGUUUUGUGUUUGGUUGUCCUUUUGAGCAGAGCAUCUCAUCAUCAUUUGGCAGGGUAUCAUGAACAGAGGUUAAAAAAAAACUUAAAUAAUUAUCACCAACAUUUUCAUGGACAUCAUUAACUCAACCAGAAUGUGAAAAGGUCUUAUCUGGAGGUCACCUCUGGUCCAAAUAACUAUGAUGGCAGCUGCCAAAUUCACAGUGUCAAAACUUAAGUCCACAAACCAGCUCAGAUCACAUCAUGGCUUCUUAAUUGAACUCCAUACCUGUGGAUUCUGAUUUCUUUAACACAUAAGGGAAGUGUUUCAGUGUUAUGUGUUAGAUUGAAGUAGACAAGUGGUGUUGUUUUUUUGGUGGUUUUUGUGGUUCUCUGGAUGUAUUUCAGGAACAGAAAAUCUAUACUCACUCUAAUCAGGCAAGCUUUCAAUACUUAAGUGUGGAGAGUUCUGCAAAAGCGAAGCACUCACAUUCAGCACCAUGUCGACUCUCUCUCACCAUUAGCAUCGAGCUUUGAUCUGCUUAUCAAGUGUGAAGAGGCAUACUGUAUUUUAAAAUGAUUUUAUAAUGGGCGAAUGAGCUGCCACUUUACAUUCUGCCGUCAUGCUUGAGUCUAGUGCUCUGUUAUAUAACUGAUCAUCUGAGAGUAAGCGCUCAAUUUUCCUUGAGAUAACCUUCUUUUAGAUGACUUCUUUUUUUAAUCAGCAUCAUUUUUGGGACUGUGGGUGCAUUUUUAUUCCAUCUAACCGGAACCUCAUUAAUUCAGAAUACAAACUACUGCGUUUCACUUUCACAGCAGUGUUGAUUAGAAGACAGUUAGAUAGAUGAUGUGGGAAAGACUCUCUCUGCCACAUCACCCUUUAUUUUGGAGCUCACUUUCCAGUAUUAAGCCACAUCAGGACACUUGAAAUGAAACAAGGUCUCCUCAUUGUAGUUUUCUGCUUGUCAUUUCUCCCUUUUGAGAAAUCCAUCCCUUCCUCCCUGCUUGCUACCUCCUCCGCAACCCUCUGUCAGAUAAUUAUAGAUCUCUGUUCCUUAUAAAUGAGGUCAAAUCGGAGCACUUACUUAGUUUCACAGAGUCGACGCAGAAAAACUUUUUAAUGAUGAGGUGGCUGUUUCAACAGAUUUGCAUCCUCAGGGGGAAAAAACAUCUGUAUUUAUCAACAUAUACUGCUGACACAGGCCUGUACUGUAUGUACACGAGAGACAGGGGCGUUUUAGCUCCGUGGUAUGAAUAGAUGACAAAUAGCAGGAAACGUGGACAGCCAGCAAUGAGGGAGAGUGUGGGAUGCUACACCUACAUCACUAUAGAACAUUUAUUUAUAUCCCAGGAGUCUUUUGAGUGUAACCAGUAGUCUGCGCUCAGGCAACAAUGUCUCAGGCUGCAGUCAGAUACAUGUGCACUCUGAACACAAUCACAAUCUGCAGAGAAAGUGACAGAAACCUAAGAGUAUGUGACUUUUAUCUUUGAGGACUAACCUUUAUCUUUAGAGGGGUGGCUCCUUCCAAGGAGAGUUAGACAACUAUUAAAACAAAUGAUACAGAUUUUUAAAAGCCUAGUGAGUGGACCAAAGCUGUAAUGUCAGUAUUCUCCUGAUGAGUUAUAAUGAUGAGUAAGUUAAAAAUCUUGGAUCUGAAACCUAGAACAGCUGUCUUUUCUGCCAAACUUUGAAUAUUAGUAAACAGAGGAAAUAUAUGAGAGUGUAACUGCACAUUUUUUCCACUAGAGGGAGACUGUAUCUGUGGAAAUUUAUGUUCAAUAGUCACAUUAUCUGAAAGCAUAGAUGAGUUUUGGAAAAUCAGAGUCAGAGUCUUUGUUUGUUCUAAACUUAAGAAUACUUCUUGCCAAAAAUGUCUAUGUUUUUGAGAAAGUAACACCUCUAAGUCUGUUUAUACACACAUAUCUCUGACACUCAUAAUGCAUAUGCAUUCUAGGUAUUUUAGGAGCUACUGAUCAGGGCACUAGAUUUAAAGCUGGAAAGGUGGGAUACUCUACCAUUCAGCCUGGUGUAAAGCUAUGAAAAAUCCAGAGUCCUACAACCCCCAUAAUGCACCACAAUUUGAGCUUUGAAUAGAACUUCCUUUUAAGUCCUUUGCAAUUCAUGCUUCACUUCAUGAUGUCCUAGUUUCAAAGAAGAAAAAGAAAAGACACUUGAGCUGAAAUAAAAAAUGGAGAUGACAUCAUUCCUAUAUCAUCCAUGUAGUUUCCUCAAAUUUCUCACCAGCCCACUCCAGAGCCUCAGGAGACAUUUUCACAAGAGGAGUAGAACUUGUGAUGAGCACUACACUAAGGCUAAUGGGCAAAGUCAAUGGAGUUUCCUUCAUCUAAGUACUAAAUUGGCUCCUUUAAUCACAUUGCACUACAGCGCACCUGCUGUGAGCCAUCAGAAGUCUGGAGAAAUAAGUAUUUCAAGCAGCAGAUGAGGAGAAAGUGUCAGAAAUAAUUGGCUGCUGUAUGCUGGUGUUGUUGUGGUGCUGAAUGGACAGUUCCUGUGACUGUGGUAGGAGCACCAUGGUGCGUCAGUGGGUGUCUUCAGCUGCCACAGAGCGCUGACAAAGUUAAAUAGAAAAAAAUAAACCAAUAUGUUAUUAAUUUAUGUGUUCAGGAAUUAGAGUAUCCAAGCAGAAAGAUGUGUUUUCUUUGUGAUGAGUAUGUUGUUUCAGUUUAAAUGUGGUGUUUGUACCUGCUUCUGUUGGUUCAGAUUAAAUGAGCCACUGUCGUUUUUCAGUCCUUUAAGCAUCAACAUACAAAAGUUGACAAAAUAGUAAACUUGCAUUCAAAAUUAAAUUGCAAUGUGACAUUGAUCAGGAAGAAUAAGUGAUAUAAUAGGAAAGUAGUAUCAGCUAAGGUGAGGUAGCAACAUACAUCAUUUGAAAAGUGAGGGUUUUAUUAUCCUUAACAUUUUAAUGGAUAUAUGAAAAAUUCUUUUACAUGAUUUUUUUAAAUGUGUUUGUGAUACCAAUAAAGUAUUGCCCAUAAUUUCAUUCUGGAUUUUUUAACUCAUCAAAUAUUGAUGUUGAUAUUAAACUCACAAAACAGACUUGAGCAGGCUUUUAUUGGCAUUUCCUCUCUGUGUAAGCCUUUCCGUACAUAUACCAAAGCUCUAACCCCUGGAGUAUCAUUUCUUCUAUAUUAAAAAUUUCUUCAUACAUUAGACCAGUGCUAUUUACAGAAUUUGAGACCUUUACGGUCCACAUGUAAAUGAGACUCCAUCACUGGAGUCGGCACAGGGCUGGAGGUGUUCUGUAUUUACCUGAGUACCAUUAGAUAAAGAGCUGAAGGAACCCUGUGUAAUGAAAUGAACAGGUCUGACCUUUGCUGUGAAGUUAUUCUGCGCCCCUCUCUCUUCCUGUCUCUUCACAAUAAAUGCGCCCUAAUUGCUUUAUUUAGCUGUCAGAGUUGUUUUUAUGCAGCUUAAUUAGCGUCCUGUGGAUACGUACAGUGGUAGCUGUUAUCUCCAUCAGCGAGUUUGCUGCUAAUUACUCCACUGGUGCAGUUUUUGACAGACUCAGUACACUUGUGGCUGAUUCAUCUGAUCAGCAGAUCAGCAGCAAAUUGAGCUAGUCAGAACACACCGACUGCUGGAGGUGCAAUUUAAAAAGGUUGUUUGUGUUUGUUGGAUUGUAAUCCCACUGUGAUUUGAGAAACAAAAAAUUAUCUUGUGAAUGUGGAAUGAUGUAUCAGCUGAGAUUUUGUUUUUUCAGUCCAAUUUAACAAGCACAGUCUCAAUGUUUUCUUCUCGAAUAUGACAGAGGUCUGUUUGAAGAAAACAUGCUGUGGGUAAAGUGUAAAGGGUGAUGAAGGGUUAUGUUCUUCUUUCUCCUUAUGUUAUUCUUUGUUUUCCCUUUUUCACAAAAGUAUCAACAAAUUUCAGGUUUUAUUAAGCUGCGUAGCAGUCCAACAGCCCCAAGGUACCUACCUGAUGUUCCUAGACAUAGACUGCAAGUAAUAGGUCAGCUAAAUUGGUGUUUUGAUAUGUCCUCCACAGUUUAGUGAUUUUGGCCACUUCUUUAAAGAGCCAAAGGAUAAAUGUUGAUGUUUUGUGAAACUAUCUCCCAGAAUCUCAUUUAACUAAGCAGUCAAACUUAAACCGAGGGAAAGUCAGAGUUUUGUUCGCUUAAGUAUGAGGAGGCAGAAACACUAGCCUUGGUAGCUAGCUCUGGACAGCAGUCAACUUGCUGUUAGCUGUUUGUUUUUAUCUCUUCAGCCUGUACAAGGCUAUCCUGAUAGACUGUUGCUGCAUUUUACCAUCAAAACUAAAUGGUUGAACUUUCAGAAUAAACCUAAACUAAGAGAAAGUCAGAAUUUUGUUCGCUUUAGUAUGAGGAGGCAGAAACACCAGCCUUAGUAGCUAGCUCUGGACAGCAGUCAACUUGCUGUUAGCUGUCUGUUUUUAUCUCUCCAGCCUGUAGCUACAAGGCUAUCCUGAUAGACUGUUGCUGCAUUUUACCAUCAAAACUAAAUGGUUGAACUUUCAGACUAAACUUAUACUGAGAGAAAGUAAGAGUUUUGUUCGCUUGAGUAUAGAGAGGCAGAAACACUAGCCUUGGUAUUUAGCUCUGGAUAGCAAUUGACUUGCUGUUAGCUGUCUGUUUUUAUCUCCUUAGCCUGUACAGGGCUAUCCUGAUAGACUGUUGUUGCAUUUUACUGUCAAAACUUAAUGGUUGAAUUUUUUGAAUAAACUUGUACUGAGAGAAAGUCAGAGUUUUGUUCGCUUUAGUGUGAAGAGGCAGAAACUCUAGCCUUGGUAUUUAGCUCUGGAUAGCAGUCAACUCGAUGUUAGCUGUCUGUUUUUAUCUCUUCAGCCUGUACAAAGCUAUUCUGAAAGACUGUUGCUGCAUUUUCCCAUCAAAACUAAACAGUAGAACUUUCAAAACAAACCUAUACUGAGAGAAAGUCAGAGUAGCCUGUACAAGGCUAUCCUGAUCCAAGGCUGUGGCUGCAUUUUACAGACAGAACUAAACAAUUCGACUUUCAGAAUAAAUUGGAACAGGAAAAAGGGACUUGAUUUUGUUUUAUCUCCAUGUUCAGAAUGACAGAAACCUUGAGGUUUCUGUUGCACACCUCUGUGUAUGUAUCAGUAUUUCCUGUUUAGUCACUGCCUGCUGUAGAAAUGAUCCACUGCCUGGUUACAUCAGUGUAAGUGCCCACUGUAAGAACAGGUGGACUCAUCCUUAAAGCUCGGACAUACUUGAGAGCAAACAGAAAGUACAGUCGGAGGGGCAGAGCAUGAACAUCCUCACAGUUAUAAGAACUCUUCGAGCAUGGUCGUGUGGGUGUUUGCUUUGUCUCUGGCAGCAGCUCUGAUCACUUGAAUGAAAUGUGGUUUCUGUUGUCCUUGUGUGUGGGGGAAGACUCAUUUGUUUUGUUCUCAUAGUCUGCGCUCCUGCCUGGUACACAGCGAGUAUGUAAUGCAGAGCAGCAUGUACACUUCCCACAUAUUCCCCAUCUUUGAUAUUUUAGUGGUGCCAAAAAAUGUACAUUUUGUCACUUCAGUGGGCCCUGGAAGCCACUUCAUUACUUUUCUGGUGUGAGAGUAUGUCCGCAACACAAACUAAAUAUUCAUAGUGAUGUGUUUAUAACUGUGAGGUUGGUGAGUUAAAGUGAGCUAAAUGCUAGAUUUAUCUUCUAUAUCAUAUAAUAAGUGGUUUUCUGUCUUUUUUCCAUGUAAAGUUGCAGAAAAAGUCAUAGCUUGUGUGACAAAACUGGUAUUUUAUAGGGUACCCUAUAUGAUUUUAUGGGCUCUAUUUUGGUGCCUCGCCGGAGAUCUGCCGCAAGCGCAGCGUCAAUCAGAUCCGCCGCGCUGACAAGGCGUUCCCAAGCACAUUUUGGUAUUUUGGUGAGCCGCGCAGCCCGGGGUAAGUAUCCCCCCUCCCUAACUCAGCUCCUCCCAGCACCAUAAGUCGUAGAAAGGGCGGUUAGUGGGUUUAACACAGCCGAGACCUGUUUUCACCAAUCACAUAGGCUCCUCUCCUUGCCUUUAAAUCCGCCACAGGCGAGGCGUAUUACUAUUUUCAUGAAGUAGUCAAAGAGAUCAAGAGAUGUCUUAAGACAGUAAUGCCACAAGAUGGCGACAGAGGGCAGCUCCUCAACAAGUGUCCUCCACACUCUCUCAUAUGAGCACAGAUGGAUUUAGUGUGCGUAAUGUUGGACCCAGUGGUAAGACAAACACCCUUUUCCACAAAUAAAGACACUCACAUAAAGUUGCUCAUAUUCAAACCUCACGUGACAAAGGUCGGUUGAGCGCACAGAUCACAACAUAAACUCCAAAAAUGGCAUAAAAAUCGGAACCAUCUGUGCGUAAAUGACGCAUCGCGCUCCGUGGCCUGGCUCUUUCUUUCAUAGAUGUUGGCAUAUAAAAUAAAUUUGGCUCACAAAACUGAAUAUUAUAAUAUCCGUAUGUCGGCUUAAAGUAGAUCACGCAUCUGAGCACUGAAACAAAUCAUCUGUUCAGCCGCAGCAGCAAGCAAGACGGACAGAGGACACGGAGACGUGUCCAGGUCGAGCUGUGCGAGAAAUAAGAGGAAGAGGAAGAAAGAAAAGGAGGGAGACGAAUUACAUAUCGAGUUAACUUCAUCAUGUGUGAAUAUUUACUAGAUAUUUAAUUUAAUUUGAUGCGGUUUCAGCUGUGUUGAUUCGGUCAGGUUGUGUGUCCAAACGCGUGCCAAACGCGCUCAUCAGAUCAGAUAUAGAUCAGAAUAUAUCUAUAUAGAUCCAAAUGUAUGUGCUGACUCACAUUAAUAGUUGAUGAUGAUUAUUUAUUGCACUGAAAUGUGCCUGACACUGUGGAAACCUGCCGGUGAGGCAUCAGUGACGUAUGUCGAUACGCCGCCGGUCUGCCAAAAUACUACUAGACCAGCUGCGUUCCGCCUUGCGCUGAAAGCUGACCAGGUUUGAAUCGGCGAGCUUUCAGCGCACUUCACACGCCGGUGGCGAGCACAAAAAUGUCACUGCGCCUGCUGAUUCUGUCGACACCUCCCCCUGCCACACCACCACGCCCAGCUUGGCGGAUCUCGGCUCGCCUCCGUGCGGCUCAUGCCACGAAAAUACCAAAUUGGCCUUACGCUGGGCUCCGCCAGACGAAAAUACAACUGCGCGGGGCUCGCCGCCCUCCGCCGCCUCACCGGCGCGAACGAAAAUAGAGCCCUAUGUGUUCGAUCUUAAAUGACUGUCAGAAAAUUAUCUGAAAGUAUCAAACCUUUAUUUUUCUGUCAUUUGUAAACCCUUUGUUCAAGUGUUGGCUUCAGUUUCUUGCUUGUGUGGAGAUGUUUUCACAUUUGUGUUUAUCAGUUUGACAGAUAGGUUGAUAAUACUCUCAUGUUAGUGUAUUUUUCAACUGUUAGCUAAGCCUGGCUCCAUUGUAUUCCAGCUAAAACGUAUCUGUAAUAACUAUCUGUAGACUUUGGCUUUAUUUUCACCACAAUGACAUAAACAAUGCAUUAAUUUUCUUACCUUACUGUUGGCAAGAAAAGCAGGCAGGGCCUCAUGUAACAUAUUAUUCUAAUUUUUGAACUCUUUUGUCCCCAUGUCAUUAUUUUAGGUGAAAAAUUAAUCAGCUGACCUUUUUGUAGAGACAUGAGCUGUUUAAAAAUGUUUCUGAUGAGAAUGAUUAAUUGAGCUCAAACCUGUCCGCCUACUGAAUUUGAUUAGGUCAAUGAGGCUUAUGUUUUAAUUCAUAAACUUAUUACCGUGGGUUGACUUUCUUCAUAGCGAUGGUAAAAUGGCAAGGUUUCCAGGUCAAUUACAUGAUGACAGCUUCCUCCUCUGAGCUCACACUGACGGGUUUACACAGAGGUGAGGCGUGGACGGAAGUGAAGGGGAGUGAGAGUGAGAAAAUGUACAUAGCAGAGAGAGAGAGAGAGAGAGAGAGAGAGAGAGAGAGAGCAGUGGAGAAAUCCCAUGCUUGCUCACUCCCACACCUUUUUUCUCUUGCUGUAUUCUGGCUCUGGUACCUCACGCUGCUGCAGUGAGACUUCAGUGAGCAGAGUGCGACGCUGAGAUUUCCUCACUCUGUGGCUUCUUUCAAAAAGAUCCUUUCUCUCAGACUUCCUUUUGAAAUUCUUUCCUUUUCUUCUCUCUUGGGGGAAUUGGUCACAUCCAGGUGGAGUAACAUCUCACCUGUCUAUCAAAAGCUCUUUUCUUUGAAUCUCUUGAGAAAGGCAGCCUGUUGAUUAUCAUUAGAGUGGACUUGGACUCUGCAGAUUCUUUUCACAGCGAUGGAGUUCAUUCUUACUUUUUAAUCUCUCCUCAAACUUGGAUGCUUGACUUCUUAUUUCACUCUUUUUUUGGCAUCAAAAUCUAGGUUUUUGAAAUUCAUCAAGUUGGAUCUGUGAUGUAGAUCCCUCUUUUUUUCUGCUCUUUUUCUGAGACAACUCUGAUUGACAAGAACUAAUAUCACCCCCUUUUUCCCCUCACAUGCCACCAUGUUUGCCAGGAUCUUCAUUCCCAAGAAGCACCGGCAGCGCUUCGACGACUCCGUCCAGCAGAAUGUGAUCAAUCGGCUCUGUCGCAGCAAGAGCAUCAGUGAGCCACAGGGCAGGAUCCGUCGCAGCAGGAGCGAAGAUCACUCAGAUCGCCACCACAGGUCCAAACGGGCCAGUUCGGUGCCUAGAGAUGGAGAAGCAGGAGGGAGAGGGGAUGGGGAGAGAGACAGGGGUCCAAGGAAGUCUGUCUCUGGGAUGCCCGCUCAUCCUCCCAUUGGACCAAAUCAGAGGUAAGCGCACAUGUAGAGGCACAUGACUGACAGAUUGUUGUUUCAAAAGAUUCACCAAUAUUAUUUUACAAUACGUAUAUGUGAUUAUCAGCCAAUACCGAGUGGCACUCCUGUAUCAAUGCAAUGUAAUAUUAUUGAUCUAAACCGAAGGCAUACAUUGAUUAUUUACACUCUUAAGCACUGUUUUUGUUGUCAUCACAUGAUUAUUUACCUAAAACAUAGAUUUUUUUAAUUAUAAAAUUUGGUAUCAUAUGUUUGCAUCAACUGUCAUAAUGAGCAAAACCACUUGAGGAUAUUUUAGACUGCCACUAGUAUCAACAUUGCAGUUGGUAUCCAUGUCAGUGUUGGUAUCAGUAUUCAACCUUUCAUAAUCUGAUUCCUUUUGGGCACCUUGACUGUGUUUAAAGUUGUGUUCAAUGUAAAAAUGUUGGCUACCAUCGUGUAAUGCGGCACUUUUCAACACAAAAUAAAACAGUGAAAAACUAAUUUCACUCACUGGCAAGAUUUUUUAAAAAGUACCUUAAAAACCGUGUAUCUCAUAUUAUUUUUCUUGCCGUUCCUCUAAGUCCUCUGAAAAAGGCGCACCAUUACUCCCUGUUACAUAAGCUGGAAAGUGCUCACACUCGUGCUACAUUAAACCCGAUAACACCUCUUUAAACUCAAAGUGUCUUUGUGUAUCUCCUCACCUAUUAAACAUCUUAAUCCCGUGUUAUUGUAGAGCCCCUGACCACUGAACCUCGCCGCUCAUCCUCCACCCACUAAACACGCUGAUUACACCGCUGUCCAAUUAAUAACAGCACAGCAGAGUCAGUUCAGGAUUAGAGGGAAGGCAGCGCGCUCCCUCACGCCCACACAAACUUUCUAACUGAACAUAAAGACCUGUCUUCAUCCACACAGCAGUGUCAGUGUAAGGCCAAAGGUGUCAAGUGUAAUCGCAAUGGCAGGUCACACAACAGUAGGAGGUGAGUGUAUGGGAGUUUUAUUCACGUGGUUGAAGUGGCCUGAUCACGAUAAUAAGUUGUGCUGCAGGCGGACGUCUCUCCUGAGCCUCAAGAGUGUUGUGUAACACUGUUAUGUCUCUACUGUAUCUAGAUAGAUAGAUACAUAAGUACAAACAGGGAUACACAGAUAGAUGGAUGGACUGAAUUAAUACAUUUGAUCGUUUUCCAGCUUGCUAGUGAGCUGGUUAGCUGGCUACUUACAAGGUUAGCUAGUAAUCUAUUCAUCAUAUUACCAGAGAUGUUGCAAUAUAUUAUCAUUGAUUAGCUUUGAAGGAUAAAACCUCCAUUCCACAAAAGUUGAGGCAUGUGUUAAGAGUUGACAAAAACAGAAAUCCUGUAUUUGAUUGGAAAUAGUGUAAGGACAAAAUCUCUAAUGUUAAGACUUUUUAAAAAAAAAAUCUAAAUACUUAAAUUCAACAUCAACAACAUGUUUCAAAAAAGCUGGGGCAAAGACAUGUUUACCGUUGUGUUGCAUCACUCUAUGUAAACUUUUGGGAGCCAAGGAGGCCGGUUUGGGAGUUUUGAAGGUGAAAUGUUGUCCCACAUUCUUGCCCGAUCUAGGAUUUUACAUGGCCAGUAGUUUGGGGUUUUUCUUUAUCAUAUUUUCUGGUUCAUGAUGCAGCAGAUGUUUUCAAUGGAUAACAAGUCAGGACUGUAGGGUGGCUAGUUAAGCACAGAAACUCUUAUCAGAGCCGUGCUGUUGUAAUUCUUGCAGAAUCUGGUUUGAUAUUGCCUCAGUGAAAUAUCCAGGGUUUCCCUGAUAAAGGGGUUGUCAGGAUGGCAUCAUGUUUUGCUCCAAACUGGUAUUUAUUAUUCAGCUCUUUCCAGGUGUGUAAGCUCCUGAUGCUGUGAGCACUUACAUACAGUUUGCACAUCCAUAACACCAACUGUAGAGUGAUUGCCAGAUUGAUGGUCCCUGUCUCCUUUACUACGAGAUACAUCAUUCAUGAUUUCCAAAAUGAGUGUUGAAUUUGAAUAUGUUAAGCUAUCUCCUCACUUUAUCCUAAAAAGGGCUCACAGAAGUCACCUGUUUUUCUAAAGUAAACCUCUGGACCUUCAAUCAUGGAUGCAGCAAAUGACAGUACUCACAGACAUUUGUUUUUGGAUGUGAUUUUUAAUCUAUGCAGUGAUUUCCACUGCAGAGUCAUGUCAGUGGCCCAGAGGUCAUGGCGAGCCAGUAUUUGUAGUUGCCUUUUCUUCAGAGAUCGCCCACAUUCUCUGAACUUUUAGGGAUAUUUCAUACUUUGAGCUAUGAAUCUCAAUUUUUUAGCUAUUACACGCUGUGAAAGAGUGUUUUAAAAAUGUUGAAUUAGUUGCUCACACAGUCUGUCACAAGAUGGUGAACCUCUCCAGUCUUUUCUUUUUAAAGUCUCUGCUCAUCGAGAGUUUCUUUUUUUUAAUACACAGUCAUGUUACCCAACUGCUUUUUAACAUGGUGCUGACACCAAAUUAGAAAUUAGUGUGUAUUUUUAUCAAACAAAUUUGACAUGUUGUCUUUGCACUAGAUUCACCAUUUCAAAUGAAAUAAACGUUGGGUUUUGUCAACUGAUCCUUUUGCCAAUUGCAAUAUUUAAUUCAUUAAAAGGGCUGAUACCUGGGGUCUUAAGCAAUAUUGUAUUGCCAGACAAAGAACUGUGUAAUUUUGCCAGACAGCAUUUAUGUUUUCAUGUAAAUUGGUUAAUUUCAAAGCGGUUUUCUUCAAUGAUACUGUCACAGCUGCUCGCAAAGAAAUGUGGUUGGUUUUAACCGUGAGCUUUAGACAAAAGAGUCUAACCGUACACAUGUUUAAAAUCAAUUGCUAUAGAUUGCCUUUUGUGCAUUUCUGUUGUCAUUAAAGCUGCAGCAUUAGGGCUGCAUUAUUAUCACAGUGGUGUCAUUAAGUUACCAAUGACUCACGUGAAGUUGUGAAAAAGUGCAACGUGCUGUCAUUGUUGACUGAUGAGAAUCUAGAGAGGCCUCGAGCAUCCUGAGGAUUUGAAACACCAGGACUGUCAAAGACUGUCAAGUGCGCUCAAGGCUGAUGCGGCGUAUCUGACACCCUCCUCUCUCUGACACACACACACACGCACACACACACACACACACACACAAACACCAACACGUUCACAUACAUGCAGGACCCAGUGUGCCCAUCUGCAUUUAGCUCAUCUUACAUAACAGCCAGUAAAAGCAUCUAUAAAAGAAUAGAUCUGUCUGUUGUCUCACCCCCCUCCAUCUUUUUUUAGUCCUCCCCACUGUUUACAUAUCAAGGCAGUGUUGCCUUGAGUCGUAUCCAUGGCAACGCACCCUGGAUAGACAGCCCAAGUGUCUCUGCUUUGAUUUAGCAGGAGGUUCCACUGUGUUCCCCUCUAUCAUGUUCCUCCACACCGGGGUGAAUGAGAGCAGAGCACCACCAUCAGCGAAAUGUCAAAGCUUUUCUCUCUGUUGAGUUUUUCCUGAUUUAUUUACAUUUUGGAGGGAAGCCUGAGAGUCAAACAAACGGGAAGAUCUGUAGAGUGCUGUGAACUGAGGCUGAACUAGUUCAGGUUGUUACAUAAAAAAACUAAAAAGAGCUAUGUCAUCGGCGUAAAUCACACUGUGAGAUAGCAAUAAAGACAAGCGUCAUUCCUCCACUUGUUCCGACUCCCACGUACAGGAAGUGACGGAUCAAAAACGAGAGAGACGCUUUGAACCGAGCAGAGUUAGCGCCUCAAAAAGAGACAGCUGGGCUCCCUGUCCAUUCACAGAAAAAAAAUAAAAUCCAUCAGUGUUGGAUCAUCAGUGUCAUUAAAUGAUAUCACAAAUUAAACUGAGAUAAUUCAGCAGUGAGUGGUUUCAAAACAAGUGAGAGCUAUUAGCUGACUCAUCUUUAAAUCUAUCAAAGGCAAAGCAGGAGCAAUUACUUUAAUUUAGUCAAACGGUGGGAGAAAAGACCUUUUUUUAUUUAAUUCGGUUCAUAGCUUUGCAUACUUGUUGUAAUUUGACAAUCAUAGAAGUAAUCUGUGAUUUUUUUAUUAGUCUUUUCACACAUUUUAUUCACCAAACAAUAAAAGUAUGACUUAAAAGACAAUAAAAAUGAUGAUGAUCAUAGACAUAUAAAAACCAAGCACAAAAAACUAUGCAAUAAUAUACUUGAAUCAAUUUCUAAAACUUGGCCAGGAGACAACAGAGAUUUCCAAGUGCAACGUUCUGGCUUGUUAUAUCUAGUCUAGAAAUUAGGGCUGUAAAAUGUUUUAUUUAUUUUAUUUUAUUUUUUUCAAUUGCUAAUUAAUUACUGAAUUUUCAGUUAGUUUAAAUUAAUCAUGAUUUCCAGGAAUUCAAAUCUUGGGUUAAAAAUUUUGUCAAUUGAAAAAAUUCUUACUGGUUUUUGGUUUUUGAAAUAGGAAUCAAAUGAAUGCAGUGAAAUGAACCUCUUUCAGAUUUAUUACAGAAACAAAUGCUGCACUGCGACAUCAGUGCGGUCUGAAACCUUGACCCAGAAUCGGAAGAUGGACUCAAAGUGUUUCAUCCACGUGUGUGAGAUUAUUCCAGCGCUCUUACGUAGUGCUCUGCCAGCUGUUGCCAGUGACGUCAGUAUGAUUGGCUAUACUGGCAGCAUUAGCAUGUAGGUGGUCGCUUUAACUCAAAGUACAUGGGUGAUUUUAUAAUUCUGUUACAUCUUACUUUUGACUUGAAGUGAAAUGUGCCAUUUUGAAGUGCAGUUGUGUCAUCAUCCUUCAGCACAGCAGCAGCAGCAGGAAGCAGGGAGACAACCCGGUGGCUUAACUAUGGUGUGCCAAAAGGGACAAAAUAGCAAGCGAACUGAAUUAAUUAAAAAUAUAAAUUAAUAAUGAGAAUAAAAAACUUAUUUAUCGCCUUACUCUCAGGAUUAUUGAGGAUGGAGUUGAAAACAUUGAAAAUAGUGAGUUUUGUAUCAUUUAAUGAAGUUCUCCAACUUUAAGACAGUUAUACAAAAAUGGAGUUUAAAGGCCCAUCUAUGCCAGGAAUGCCAAAAUUUAUGACAGAAGAGUAAAAUGUUUGCACCCACAUGUGUGUUCUGCUUGAUUUUAUGAGCUCAAAGUAACUGUGAAUCUGCAGUUUAAUGAAUUUGUCUCAUUUCCGUCUGUCCUCAGGAUUAUCCGUGUCUACAGGGGGAAGAAAAACUUCGGCUUCACUCUGCGAGGUCAUGCUCCUGUCUCCAUCGACUCUGUCAUCCCAGGUAACAUCUUCUCAUUUAACUAUCAGAACAGAACAGCCUGUUUAGAGCCUCCUCCUCCUUUUUAUGUGUGUGGUGGUUUGUUACAAACAUUGUUCUGUGUUGGCUGAGAGGGGUGGAUGCGCUCUCCGUGGGCGAGUCUGUUGUGGUGCCAGCCGCUGCAGGUUGAAGGUGAUCAGGAGGUGUUUGUGUGUGUGACUAUGAGUGUACCAGGAAGUGGAUUUUGCAUGACUCACCAAUGAAAUGUUAAGAGGAGAACUCUCAGAACAGGCUGUGCUGUGCAGUAAUCGGCACUCAGAGCAGUCAGUCAGUGCCUCACUGUUACAUUCAGGGAGUUCAAACAGACUCUUUAGAGAUGAAGUUUCUUUCUGCUGCAUUGAAACCUCUCACAAACUACACAGAACAAAGCUAAAAGUUCAUUUAAAAGUUAAAAUGAUUUUUGCAUUAAAAGAGCGGUGUUGAGAAACUUUUGUUCUUUCUCAGAAAAGCUCUCUUGGUUCAUGUCAUUGCCUUAUAUAACAGUCAUACAAAGAGUAGCAUUAAUUGUGUAUCUGCAUUAUGAGAUUCACAACAGCAACAUAGAUUUGACGGCAGAUGUUUCUAUAGAAAGAUACCAACAUUGUCAACGCUUGACAGAUUAUUUUCUUUUGAUUUCAAUUUAUGAGUUGUGUGAUUUCACUACAAUAUUAUUCACUUUUUUAGUUGGAUAAUUUCAGAUGUUUCCUCUGAUAAUGACUUAUUUUAUAUCUUAAACAGAGCUAGUUAUUGCAUUACAAUGGGUUCAUGUAUCUCAGUAUCUUUAGGAUGAAAAAGCUUUUUUCUUACAAUGAAAAGUUCAUUUUCAGCUGUACUGCCAUUGUCUAUGUUAAUGACGAAAGUUAAGUCCAUUUCUGUCUGUUUUGGGCUUUUGUAACCCUGGCAAUAGGAAUUAUGGUAAUCUAAUGUUAAAGCCACUGUGAGGAGUUUUUGAUUGAUUAUGAAACAGUUAUGAAAUGAGCAGUGUCACAUUUUUAUGAUGUAAAAAAGCAAAUGAGACCAUUUUCGACAAUGCUGACACUUUCUGUACCUUACUUUUUAUGCCUGUAACUGCUGUGAGGGGGUAGGUACACUGGAGGAUUUGUGGAUUUUGACUCUGCAAAUAUUAGAAGUGUUUUAGAAGUCUGACUGUAAAAUAACAGUUGAGGGAGGCUUUUUGACAACCAGCUCCAUUUUCAAGUGAUGAAAUAAGAUCGGCAAGCAAAAAGUUCAAAAAGUUGUAAUAUUACAACAAUUAUAAAACAAGCUCUAAAUAAAAUGUAGGGCAUAUUUUCCACAAUAACUACAUAUGUUCAUGUUCUAGACAUUGUAAUAAACACAAAAAAAUAUAUAUUCAAAGCAUUUUACUUAAUACAAUCAGAUUAAUCCAGUCAAGUAAAUCGAAGGGAUAUUGCUCAAUCAAAAAAAUGGAGGUUGUGUGACUUCUUCACCUAAGGGCGGGCCUUAUACACAAAUGUUGGAUCAAAUCGCAUUGUGAGAACAAACAAUAGGACCCAAUGAUCAUGUUAAUGUGGUUGAACUAAAAAAAAAAAAAAAAUUAGAGGUUUUGUGGGGAUAACCAAAAUUGUUUUAAUUCUGCAACACUGGGUCUUACAGGGUUAAAUUGAGAUUUAAAAGGAUUAACAUGUUACCACAAAAACAUCAAGUUUAUGUCUGUCAUAUUAAACACUCAGAGCUGCUAGUGAGGUUAUUAUUUGUAUCCCUGUUGCUUCUUUAUUUGGUGACUAUAAGAGUGCAGCCUCAGACAAAUUGAAAAUCAAAAAUAUGAUUGUUUCUGGCUUUUGUAGCAGGUAGUGCACAGGAUUAAAACUAAAUAUAAAUCCCCAUAAAAACCACAAGAAGUAUGAUGCUCUUAUGCUUUAGUUUUUGAUUACCAAUAAAAUAAACAUUAUGGCUUUUUAGAGGCCUGGCAGCAUAUUACCAUUAUCAGCAGUUGGUUGACACUUUAUUGAUGACAGAAACAAAAGAGCCAACAAUUGUUUCCAGUGACUUAAGUCAAUAUAUUGAAUGUGUAUUUUCUAAAAUGUCAAGUAUUGGCUUUUUUUCACACUGCAGAUCAAUUCUUUUGCAUUGUCUUUUAAUAUGAAGUUUACAUCCAAACACGGCACAGCUUCUCAGCCCAGUUUACGGGUUCAAUCAGAGUGAAAAUCCAGAUUUCUUAAAUGUUCUGGUUUUUAAUUAUAGUGCUUGUAGUUGUAUUUUAUCCCAGCUGAAUCAGCGUUUGGCACUGAAGUCAAACACUGUGUAAUAUUUGUUGGGGUAAUUGCUACUAAGAGCUUUUGUCAAACACGUUAAUUACUUUUAUUUUUUUUAAUUUGCAGCAGUAAAAGCUUAUUUAAUUAACUGUUAUUGCUUACACAAAUAAAAACAGCAGACAAGAGAGCCUGCAAAGUAGCUGUGGUGGGAAUAUGCAGGAAGGGAGGUGUGUAUGCGAGUGUGUAUUUGAAGAUGACGGCACUGUUCCCGCCCACCAUCAUCUCCCACCAUCAUGUGCUGAAGCGGCCAGAGCCGACUGACUCAGUGGGCCUUAUGGAGGUUGAUAUGGAGAUGGAGGGGGUGGAAAGCAUGUCUCUGAUCGUGAUCUGAAUGCUGACAACCAGAAAACCACAAACACAAAUUGAGAGUCUGCCUCGUGGCCUAUGAAUGUGCCUGUGUAACACAAAAGGGUUUGUUGCAUCUAAAACUUUGAGUUCAAAAUAUCAAAACAAAACUUGACAUUCAAUGUGAGGAAAAACUCACCAGAGAUGACACAUGAGGAGGCGACUGUGGACAGUACAGAGCAGUCGGAGCAGAUUCCACUGAGGUUUAUUUUGACAGCAUUUGUGUCCUUACGUAAUACAAUUUACGGAGAUCAUCUCGUUUGUUGAUGAUCUUUGUUGGAUGUCAUACGCAGAUUGACAGCCUGGCAUUAGUCAUCAUCGUCUUCUUCCUCUUCCACCAGUCUGCUCAGUGCACCUUGUUAGCAGGUUAAGCUGUGCCAGGAUCUGUUUCUUUUUCAAGGUCUGAUUGAUGUUCAAUUUCUGCCAUCUUUCUCUCCAUCACAGAUAGCCCUGCUGAGGAGUGUGGACUGAAACCAGGAGACCGUAUCCUCUUUCUCAAUGGACUGGACAUGAGGUCUGUCUUCAAUAAAUAAUAUUAUUAUUAGAAGCAGUAGUGGUAGUAGUAUUUCGUCUGUUCCUGCUGUCCAAGUUCUUGAACUCAGGUGGAAUAUAAAUAAAAAUAGGGGCUUGUUUUUUCCAGGAGAAACCAUCUGCUACCACUAUAAAAACAUCUUUUACAUAGUGCCAGAUUUUCCACCGCUGAAAACAUGAAGCUCAUAUUUAGUUUUGUUAUGGUUUAUUCAUUGUUUUAGUCUUUUUUGGGCUGAGUUCAUUUUUUCAGCUUGUUUUUUUCUGUGUCCCUGUCCUGCCAACAACCCAGAGGAGAAAAACAAAAUUUUCAGCCAUGAAUCAGCCCGGACAAAUAUGAAGUUUACCAAAAAUUGUCACAUUCAAAUUCUGACUUUGGAGAGAUUUGAAAUACACAAGAAAUAUUUAAGAAAAUGGAUUGGGGGAUGUACUGAAAAUUUAAGCACAUACAGAGGUAUGCAGUACUUGAAACAGGAGAAUCAGCCAACUUGUAUUUUGAAUAUAUGAAAGAUUGGGGCUAGUUGUCCAAUUUGUAACUCCUUGAUGCAUGUAUCUCCCAUGAUUUAAGUGAAAAAUCAAAGUUUAUGCUUCCAGCUUUAAAUGAAUAAUUUUGAAUGAUUUAAAACUUUUACAAAAUUGGCUGUUUUGUGCCCAAAUGUUAUACAUUUGUCCAGAACAAACUCCCGAACUUUCCUUAACUUGGUGGUCAGAAGCAUCAUAAUCAGUGGCUGCAGUUCAAUUGUCAGAAUGACUUUAGCAAGUUUUACGGUUAGAGUUGUUGCUGGCAUCUGAGAACACACUCUGAUCACUUUAAGGGGACAGUUGGUUCCUUUUUCUGUGUCAUUUUAUUGUAAUCAGGAGUUCUUCUGCUCUCUGUGUUCAUUUAUUUGAAUGUAUUUACAAACAUGUACUUCUAAUGUUUCUGCAGUAUCCCAUCCCUGCUGAUUUUCUAAAGCUAUGGUUAAACACAGGCAGGGCUUUAUGUGGUUUACAAGUAGUUUCACAUUAUUGCAUUUAAUUUCUUUUGUUUGGAUGCACCUGAUAAAAAUGACAGUAAAUAUCAAAAGUUUAAGCCUCACCUAGAAUGUAAUAAACUUCUGUAAUCUGAAUAGAUAUAAUGAGGGGACAGAAAGAAAAAGAACUGCAGACUGAGAUCACUUUGAACAGCAUGCAUGGAAAUAAAACACAGUGUCCUACCUUGUUCCCUAAAAUCAUCCUUUAUUUUCAGAAUAACUAUCACCUGAAAAGUUUAACUCUCAAUUUUGUUCCAACAACUGGUGAGCCAAGUGUAGGGAGCCUGAGGCUUGUUAUUUAAUGUCUAAGAAGUAAAACUGAUAGGGUGCAAAAUGACAUUGCUGGCAGCAAACUGCACAAAAUGAUGAAACAAUGACAUUGGGAGGUUCGUUUUAGUAUGAGAUGUCGCACUGCAAUAUUUAACUCAGAGAUUUCUUUCUCUCGCUCUCUCCGAUCAGGAUCUAGAAACGACUGUGUAGGGUACAAACUAAGUGCUGGUGUAACACUAGUUUAUCAGUCUUAGAUGGGGACUGUAGACUGUGCCAGGGUAAAGAUGCGAAAACAGUCAGUACCUGGAUCACCCGUCCAAGUAUCGCCUAUGUGGGGAAAACAGCGUUGUGUGUAUGAAACUUAGCAAUUUCACAGUGACAAAACAGUCCACUAAUCUCUUUUAAGGUUUGAGGAAGGUCUAUGCAUGGAGAGGGCACCACUAAGAGACAUUAUUAAAGAAAAAAUAAGGCAAAUGUAAAAAAACGUUAUGGCAAAAUAAGGGAAAAGUUAAGAAAAACUAAUAUGAUUGAUAAUAGGCAGCUGCAAAACCAUAAAACACAGUGUAGCAAGCAGUUGGACUCAAUUCAAAAGUGAUGUUAUUUGAUUGAAAGGCCAUAAAAAGAUACCAAACUCAAAACUGGCAACUUUUUGUCAAUUUUCUUAUGAUUUGCACAUAAGCAUAGCCUUUGUGUGAAAAUCACAUGGUGUGGUUUUACCAACUGUAGGCCUUUUUGGGUUAAUUCACCGCUAUCAGUCGACAUCAGUGGUUCUCAAGUCCAGUCCUCCAGGCCCACUGUCCUGCAUGUUUUGGAUGUUUCCCUGCUCCAGCACACCUGAUUCAAAUGAUCAGCUCGUUAUUAAGCCAUUACCAGAGCUUGAUAACGAGCUGAUCAUUUGAAUCAGGUGUGUUAGAGCAGGGAAACAUCCAAAACAUGCAGGACAGUGGGCCUCGAGGACUGGACUUGAGAACCACUGGUCUAAAUGAAUCUGGAAAGUUGCUCUGUCAUGGCAAAAUCUAGCUGGCUGUUUACUUUUAUAGUCUUGAUGCUAACUAAGCUAACCAGCUGCCGGCUGGGGCUUCAAAUAAACAGACCUUCAAAUCUUGGCAAACACUGAGCAAGCCCGGCUGUCUCUUAGAGUUAAAAAUAUAACGUCUAACUUCAAAAAGGACAAACAAACUUUUUAUCUUUGUUUGUUCCUUAAAAAAAACUCUACAGUAAAAAUUAAAGGUGAAACAUUUUAUUGCUAUAAGCUAAGCUAGCUAGCUGUCUACAAUUAGCAGUCAGACGUUAGCAGCAGCAAUCUCAUUUAACUCUUUGAAAGAAACAGUGAAUUAGCAUGUUUCCCAAAAAUACUGUUUUCUACCUGAGCACUCUUCUCAAACACUGAGUUGUGUGUCUGUGUAGGUUCAGUGUGUAUGUUUGGGGCAAAGCACAUGAACUCAGCUUUUAUGUAAACUGAGUUUUUUUUGUGGGUGUAGUUAUCGUACUUUUGUGGACUUAACAACUUCUUGACCUUCUGUUUCUGGAGCUUCAGUAAGUCAGUGUGGGCGUCCAGAUAAGAAAUUCUUCAUGGAUGAAACUGUUUCGCACCUAUAUGAGCUCACACAGUAAAUACAGUAGAUAUACUGAAGACAUCAGCAGAUAUAUACCCAGUGCAGUGAGAAGACAGAGCGCUAUUCAUUUUCUGCCACCCUGACUGCCACGUGAGAGAAUUACAGAGCUGUUCCCAUGGCUGCCUGAUGCUCUGAUUUGAUUGGUGCGGUGUAAUUUUGCUGCUAUUCCUGAUAACACAGUGAAGAAGUAGGAGGUGAACAGCAAAACAGAAUUGCUUUGCAGCGAGACAGAGAAAAGAACAAGAAAGAGCUUUUAAGUGUUGUUUACAAGCAAAUUGAAUAUGACAUCUUUAAAGAAGAAAAAAAAAAGAUACUUGAAAAAUCAGUUAAGCAUGUUCCUGCAGUCAUCUCAGAUGCAUCUCUGCUCUGUCUAACUCCACCAUUUUUGUCUGCUUGUUUACUUCAAUGCCACUACAUAAAAUUCAGAAUUACUCCUUGACACAUAGUCUUUGUCAUUUCUUGUUUAAGGAACAACAUGUCCUCAUUGUUUAUAACAUGCUAAACAUGUUUAAAUGAGUCUGUCAUCCACUGAAUCUUGUACUGCCGAGGACAGCACAGGUUCUCACAGAAAAUCCUAUGAAACAUAAAUAUGUAUUAAACAAUGUUUUGUACAGUACACAUCUGAUCUUCUCUCCAUUCUCCCUGAUUAAAUAUGGGGGAGUAGGAAGAGUCAGAGCCCAACCCCACAUGAGUGAGCUCUAGCCCAAUCAGACUUCCUGACCUGGCUCUGCCUUCUUCUCCUCUUCCCCUCUUUCCCACAUCUCGCUGCAGACUCUUCUCUCUGUUUGCUUCCUUCUAUUUUCUUUGAACUCUCCGUGUCUAACUAAGUGCGUAUUGUUUCCAUCAGGGCACAAGUAUUUUGGGGUUUAUCUGGAAUGAAAGUGUUAUCAAGUGAGCUGUGAAACUUGAUUAGCAUAUCACAAUCUACGGCUGAAUUCAUUGAUGCAUUUUAAUAAUGUCGCAGGGUGUGUUUUUGUGCAAAAAUGUCAGUGUUUUCAGUAUCCUCAAAAAGACUUUCAUAACAUAUUUAAGAGGUUUUGUGAUGAACACAACAGUAGAGAAAUGCUAAUCUUUUUUUAGGACCUUUUGCAACCAUAUUCACAGGGUGCUGAAUGUGAUAAAUUCAGCCUUAUAUUAAAGUUUUAUGAUCUGACGUACUGUUGAUAUUAUUAUCCAGUUAAUCUGAUUUGCAGCUGAGUAUCCACCUUUCACUUUUCUCUCUUUCAGGAACUGCUCCCAUGAGAAGGUGGUGUCCAUGUUACAGGGCAGCGGUGCGAUGCCGACUCUGGUGGUAGAGGAGGGUCCGUCUGACUACUCCUCAGAACAAACAGACCCAGAGGAAUCUCCCAGCAUGCCUCCAACCUCCAUGCCCCGCUCCAGGUCAGCGCACGCCGACAAACCUGACAUUUUGAUUUGACUAGCCUCCUCUGUCAUGACACUGCAUGUUUUGAAAAAAGUGGCUCAUGCAAAGGAGAAGAAAUUGUGACAUAAUCCCAAAGUCUGCAUAAAGAAGUUUCACUGGUGUCCUGCUCUGUUGAUGUUCAGGUCUCCUGCCCUGAGCUCUCUGCAGUGGGUGGCAGAGAUUUUACCACCUAGCAUCAAAGUCCACGGACGGACCUUCAGCCAGCAGCUGGAACACCUGCUGACUAUUCAGGAAAGAUACACGGUCUGCAAGUCUCUGGAGACUUUCUUCCAGCACAGGUCAGUGGGAGGGAGGGAUGGAGGAGGUUUUUAAAUGAAGGUAGUCAGAAUCGAUGGAAGGAUGUGAGAGGAGUGAUAAUGUUGAUUCCACUUCAGUUUUCUCCUUCUGUCAAACUUUCUUUAAGACGUGACUAACGGGUCAGCUUUCAUUGACAAAUAAGUUUUAAUGUAAAUGAGCUGUUGCCAGGGAAACUGUAUUUUAACAUACUUAUUAUAGUCUGUUGCCAUGGAGGCUCUUCAUGGAGGCAAAUAGAGGAUUAGAUGAAUGAUGGACUUUGAGAAAAAAGUAAAGAAAUAAGUGUACUAAGCUCCAUAUGCUUUUUUCUCUAUUUUACAAUACAAGUUACUAUGGUAACCCAUUUCAGCCAGUUUACAAAAGUUAUUAUAUGUAUGACUUACUAUAUUGUUUUGAUUUUUCAUCUCAUAAUAACUACUUACUUUUUAAAAACUUACAUCCACUAUUAAGCUUUGAUAUUUCCUUAGCUUUUAUCAAUAAAUUUACUUUUCGUUUUUCCAUUUCUUUCAGUUCAGACAGGUGAGCAUCACAAAUUACAACAAAGGUUUAUCAGCAUAACAUUAAAGUGAUCGCAUAAAUUAUAAAGCCAAGAUUCAACAUAUUUCCCAUAGAUUUAAAAGCAUUUGCCUUUUCUUAGGAUUUAGACAUGGUGUUUGUAGUUUGGUCAUAUUGUUGGUGAGAGGAGAAGCAUGUGUUGCUCAGAAGUAGAUUUAAGAUAUAGUAGUAUAUCUUUCAAGGACUUGGACAUAAGUCUGCAAAAGCUGCAAGCAGGUACAUAACUAGAAGUGGUUAGAGUAACCUCUUACAAAGUCCCCCUUAUAGUCUCCAACAGUAGCUCUGUUUCUUCGCAAUGGACGUCCUUAAAAAAUGUUAUCCAAGCAAAUUCCUGCUUCUCCAGCUUUGUUAUUUCAUAUUUAACACCCAUGAGUGAAUUGUGAGGAACUAUUCCUCCAGAGAAACUCCAAUGUUAAUGUGUUUGUUCUAAUAGGGCCUAAUGUGCUCUGUUAAGUUGUUCUCCAUCAAUUAUAAACUUCAACACAGGUCUCCAGUGGUCUAUCUUGUGGUUGAGAGUUUUACACUUUAAUAAACAUUCAUGUAACCUCAUAGGGUUCAGUCUGCACUGUUCCUUCACAUCUAUUACAUAACAGUGAUGCAUUUAAAAGUGUUGCAAAAACCACAUUAUGGAAUAUUAACUGGAUAUGAAUAUGAUAUAAUACGGUGUCUUAUUUAUCCUCUAUAUUUUAAACAGGGACAUUAAAAAAAGGAUGAAGUCGAGAAAAGAGAUGGAGGGAGCUGUAGCUUUGUAGAUGAUGCAAACAUGUGAUGCCCCAGGAUUUUACGCAAAAUAGCAACUGAAUUUUACAGCAUGUGCAUACAGUAUGAAGACCCAUAGGCUUAAAUCCUGCUGUUACUGAUAGGCCUGUUAUCCUCCCACCUUCGGUUAAUCGGAUUUCAUCCUGUAUCUCAGCUACACGUGUCAUUAUAGCUGUAAAGACUAUAAAUGUGAGCUUAAUCGAUUCCAAGCUGUAAACAAGGUUUUUUCUUGUAUGAGGUAUGUGUAUGUGUUUAAAUGUAAUAACGCUAUGUGUGCCUAUUAUAUGUGUGUGUGUGAUGUUUGCAGGAAUGUGGACACUCUCAUAGUAGACGUGUUUCCGGUGUUGGACACUCCAGCCAAACAGCUGAUUUGGCAAUUCAUCUACCAGCUUCUGACGUACGACGAGCAGGAGCGCUGCCAAGGCAAGCUGUCACGCUUCCUGGGCUUCAAGAGCACCGGUGAGUCAAAACCACAAGCAUGCAUAUGAUCUGCAUAUAUAUAUGUAUAUAUACAGUAUCAGCUGUGAGGUUUCCUAAUCAAUAAAAACACAGGGUGAAUCAUAUUAAACAUCAAGCUGUAACUCCCUGGUGUUUUAUACAACCACUGCAGGCACAAAGUAGCAGCUGUGCAUAAAUGGCUUUUAAAUUAAAAAUGCAGCACUGAAGGUGUGUGUAUGUGUGUGUGUGUUUUACAGCAGUGUUAGAGCCUGAAGUGGGUCCAGAGCAUCACCGUCGGAGCAGCUCCAUGCGGGUGACAGGGUCGUCGUACCGCAGCAGCAUGCGGGAGAGGAGCUCUGAUGACUGUAUCAUUGGGACUCACCUAGGAAUGGGUACGCUGCACAUGACCACAGCAGGCUGAACUGUUAUGUCUGUUUUCUCAGUUAGUUAAUGUGGCUCUCUCGAGAGCUACCCUGCUCAGCAUGUCUUGUCUGACACCUAACACUUGCUAGACUGUGAUCAAGAUGUGUAUCCACUCUUACAUAUCAAUGUCAGGAGUCUGCAGAAAUGUCCAUAAAUGUGUGAGUGACCCAAAUAUAAGACUUUGUUUCCUGGAAAAAGACAGGAUAGUCAUCAUCGUUUAGCAAGAAAAUGCCAGCGUUUGUUCACAUCAGAGAAUGGGGACACUUCUUUGAAGAGUAAGUUUACCUCUCAUAACUGAGGCCAGCUGUCAGUCUUGACUGCAGCACCAAGGGGAUGAAAGAUGGAGAGACAAAGAAGCACAAAAGUAGGACAAGUUAACCAACAACCGAGGCAGAGUUAUGAAGCCCAUUUUAAGAUAAUGGUCCUGAACGCAGCAGAGACAUUACACAGCCGUCAAACUGCCGAGAAAUAUGGUGUCUCAGGGAAUGAUGUCUGGAGAUGGCAAGCUCACAGAAGACAGUCUCAAAAUGUGUGUGUGUGUGUGUGUGUGUGUGUGUGUGUGUGUGUGUGUGUGUGUGUGUGUGUGUGUGUGUGUGUGUGUGAAUGAGUGUGCCACUGAAAAGCAAAAGUAAGGUAUGCCUGUUCGCAGACCUCCCAUCCAUUCAUCCAGAUUUUAAUUUUCAUGGUAUUAAAGAACAGAGACAUUUUUGGUGUUUUUACACAUGUGGUCAUAUUUUAUUCCUUCUGAAAAAUUACACUUUAAUGAAACCCCAACUAGUUAAAAGGUUAAAAACGACAGCCUGUCUUGUUUUAUUAAAUAUGUUUUACAAAUCAUUAUUUUAAAUGAAGUGUUUUAUUUUAAUGAACAAGAUUUAACUUUUUUCAAAAGAGCUUAGAUCAAUCCUGAUACAUGCAAGUAGUUCUCUCUGGCUCCUGUAGCAUCAGUAUGCAACUAUAAGUGUAAUAUAUUAUUACAUAUUAAACUCUCACACUGUUUGUCAGAGUCACAGGUGUUCAUGGGUUUCCAUUUCCAUUGCUAACUUCUGCUCCAGGAGCUAUGCUGUUUACCUUUUUGCUCCUCCAUGCUGCCCUGCUCCUCUUCAUCCUCUCCCUCACUGUUUGGGGGUGGAUGGAAGAGGGAGGCUCACAGACGUCCGUGUGUCACUGUUCAUGCUUUAUUGUGCUUUAGGGAUUCAUGUGGAUGAAUCUGGGAGCCCGGAGGAGAGGCAGUCAGGAGACGGAACCUCCUUCCCCGAGUCCCCUGACCUCAAUCAUGUAGGUAUAACUGCAGCUUUUUAGCGCCUUGCUACACAGUGACUGGCAUUAUAAAUGCUAGUUACGUUUUCUGUGCUCUCUAGUCUCACAUCAUUUGAAGGUCUGCACAUAAUUCCUGCAACUCAACAUGUGCUAUAAAAUCUGAUUUGUGGCUGCGGUUGACCUGCAGUUUAUGAAUUAUUCCUAAAACCACCAGACCUUCAAAGCUAAUGUGACUGUGUGCUAAUCAGCUGAUCAUGCCUCCGCCCGUAGAUGACAGGUGUGUACACCGAGCUCGAGGCCAUGUACACAGGGAAGCCGCCACCGCAGGGUGGCUCCCCAGCAGAGCCCGAGGGCCCGGGACAGACUGAGGGCUAUGGGCGCCCUCUCUCUCCCCUCACACUCCCCCCUCUCACAGGUACAUACGGGGCUGACACACACAUCCAAACACACAGUGCUCACGCUUGCAGACACAUGCUUCUACUGAAGGUUCCCACCCAUGUGCCAUUAAAGCUUCAUGCUUUUACAGCAAGAUUACUAUAAUCAGGCAGGAGGGAAAGCUGCAGCACUUAAAGCCUUGAUGGCACAUGACUGAUGCCAUGUUCAUGUUUGUGCGAUACCAGCUACUGAAUAAAGGAAAAAGUGUUUGUGAUUUGUUAUGAAGAUGUGGCUCAUUAUAAGGGACAACAAUAGCAUAAGAUCAGCCAUUGUUCGAAUUUUCAUUCAAAUUGACAUAAUUUAAGGUUAUUAAACCAAAUACUUAUCUUCUCACCUGCAUUUUUGUACUUAUGAGUGUUUACAUUUUUUAAAGCUGGUUCCAAAUUCUAAAGCUCCUGUUGGUAACUGUUUGUGUUGAUUUUGUGUCCUCUGUGGACAAAGCAGUCUUUUAUUUAUGAACGAAAGUCAUCCCACUGCCCUUUUACUCAUUCACACACACAGUGAAUCUUUACUGUGGAAGUGUAAACUAAGUCUGUUUGUGCACCAUACUGCACCAUGUUAAAAAACAACCACCGAAGACUCAUCAGUCUCCUCACUGAUGGAGUCUUUUGCUUUUGUGGAUCAUGAGGAAGCAUCAGUAUGAAUCUGUUUCAGAACCAGGUAAAAACCACUGAAAGGAGCUUUAAAAUAGCUGGUUUUAGCAGUGAUGUGAACAUGGCAUGAGAACAGCUGAUCAAUAAAUGUCUUUAAGAAAUCAUUCAUAGUCUAUACUAUGUGUGCAUUUAUGAGCCUGCAGUUUACCUUUUUUUGUUGCUAUAGUAACUUCUCAGAGGAAAGAUCCUCAAAGCAGCAACAUGACCAAGAAGUCACAUAUAAUUUCUUAUGGGAAUAAGAAGCAUAAAGAUAGAAGAUGAGUCAACCAAUUAAAAGAACUUGACAUAAACAUCACAUGGAGCAGGUUAUACAGAACACGUGCAACAUGCUAAUGGCAGCCAUCUUUGAUUUCCUUCUUCAUAGGAAACCGUAAAUCAGGCCUCACCCUCUCCUGGAAAGAGCCUCUUCCAACUCCUGUCUAUGAGAUCCAGCACCAGAGCAGUGUGGACUCCAAUCCUUAUGUCAGCCUUGAAAGCCCCCCUGCUUCCCCUGAGCCCUCGGAUGGUGGUCCCAACACACUGAACCGCCGCAAGAAGUUGUUCACCUUCUCCCGUCCGCCUCGCAGUCGGGAUACAGACAAGUUCCUGGAUGCUCUGAGUGAGCAGCUGGGGCACCGGGUCACCCUGGUGGAUGAUUUUAUACCUGGAGAGAACGACUAUGAGGAGGUGAGUUAAACCUAGCUACAUUUAAACAUCUACAUUUAUUAUGUGUUUUUAUUUAUUCAGGUCUUUAUGAGUUAUUUUACACUGUUGAACUUAAAUCAAAGCUCAGUUCAUUAAAAUUCUAGUAUGUUGUUAUUCCUCGCUCCAUGAUACCUUAUAAAGUGGUGCAACCUCUUGUCAGUCUGUUCUCUGAACUGUGAGAAGUAGCAGUACACGGACCUCAAAAAGAAAUGAGAUCAAUUAAAAACUCCUCUAAAAUAAAAGGGAAGGGUAGACUGUAGCACGCUGACAGCUCUCACUGUGUUGGCUUUAGUGAAAUUUAUAAGUGUUCUCUCGAACCGUAAAUAAUUCAUGGAGCUGGGAAUAAAACAGUUAUUUCACAGUUUCCUAUUUCAUAUUCAAUGUGUAAUCUAUGAAUAUAGAUACAGGGUUUUUAAAUACAUUUUGACACCUUAGUAUAAUUACUGUGAACUGUUGAGAUUGUGACUAAACCAUUGGCAGACUCUAUGCGGUGCCAGUAAGGCUAUUUUUACAUUCACAGAUACAAACUAUGGGAGUCUUAAUACUGUUCAGGUCAUUAGUCUUCUGUCAUACAUGGUGAAAUACUAUCAUUUAUAAAACCUGGCUUUCUUACUAAUCACCCAGGUGUGUCAAAUACUAGAUUCUGAUUGGUCAAAACCCCACAACAACAGUUAUUCAUUCUGAAUAGCAAAAGUGGCAACAGAUACAAACUAAUCACAUAGAAGGAAAUCCUAGAAACAAGCAACAACAUUAAAAUACGAAAGGAACUUGAUUAAAGGGACAUCAACCAAAGUGAAGAAAACAUGCAAAGUUACAGAGAACCGAAUUUUAUACAGGUGCUGCUGUUAUUCCCCACAUCAUCAAAAUCAUCCUUGGGUUAAUAUUUAGAGUCAAGUUUAUAUCCUAAAAUCAUAAUGAACCACUCAGUUUACAUGAUCCCUCUCUGAGUUAGUCUGCAGCAUAGUUUGAUCCUGAUAAAAACAGCCUCACCUUAAUGUAAGCACACGCUAGGACAGUGUUAUUGAUUAAUUGAUUGAUUGAUAUAUUUAUUUUGAUCACAUGAAUGAAACUUAAAAACAGAUGAAAAUACAAAUAAGUGACAAAGAAAAAAAACAAGACAGUAGCUGAAUCUGCAAUCCUCUUAUUUUUUAAGCCUAACUCAAAUCAUAACACUGUCUUAUCACUGUUUGUUCACAGUGAUUAUACUAAUGCCUCGUGGUUACUUUUCAUACUGUGGUAGAGACGUUGUAGUUUUGCAUGUUGGCAUUAGAGCAACUCUAAUGUGCGCUACAAUGAACACUUGUGUCACAUGAACAGAUAUAUCAAGGUGGUUGUCAUGGUUUCAGAAGAAGAGGGGUGCUUGUAAGUAAAACAUGAUACUCAGUUAUAUGGUAGAGUCUAUUUUUGUCUGCUUAUUUCUGAGUAGAAAUCUAAGUUUGUGGAUAUUCUUACAGUUUCAAGCAUUGCUGUGAUUUUCAUUAGAAAUUCAGGGGGGGUAUAGAUGUGCAUUAUUUAAAGGGUUUGCAGACAUUCCUAUAUGGCUAUAACUCUUUAAAUAGAUUUGGUUUGAGAAGUUUUAUCUAUAAAGUGCAUGUGUGUCUGAUCCAAGUCAAUUAGCGGGCUUUUAUUUUCUUUUAUUUUGUUGAUUUUCUGGCAUAUUUGCGCCAAAACAAGGCAAAAAGUAAAGAUUGCAAAUGCACAUAGAUAAGCAAAUUUAUAAAACGUAUAGAAGCUACACAAAUUUUUUAACUUUCAUUUAUAAACAGCUGUAUUUAAGAGUUUAUAAAGGUGGCAGUUGUGAUUGCUUCAUCUAAUGGCGCCACUUUCCCCCAUCCAGAUGAGUUUCCAGGAGGACCAGGACCUUGCCUUCAUGCCCCGCCGGCUCAGCAGUGGCAGCAGCGAGGAGCACAGCAGCAGCGACGAGGCCUCUUCCCCCACCUACUCCUCCGAAUCUGAACCCAUCCCACCACCUCCUGCCCAAAGUCCCCCUCCUCCCCCACCGUUCCAGGCUCUGAUCCCACCUCCAGUCCAGUUCACCGAUCCUCUACCACCUGUUCGUUUCUCCCCUGAGCACGUCCCCCGCAGUCGUAUGCCCUUCCACCCACACCACCCGAUCAUCCCUCCUCCCCCACCUCCUCCCAGGACCCUCCUCACCAGUCGCUCUCCUCUUCACAAAGUCCUCCCCACCAGAGAAGAAAUGGAGAACACUCACCAGCGCUUCCAAGCCACCACCACCCGCCACUCCACUGUCCAUACCAUCCUGGGCUCCUCCACCUUGCGCUCCUCACAGCCGUCCCGCUCCAGCUACCUCCCCCGGCAGCUUAGUCAGCCCCAACCCAUCCUCCAGCCGUCCCCAGAACCCACCCCUAAUCAGCCGCUGAGACCGAGUCACCUGGUCCUUCAGAGGCACCACCAGCUACACCACCAGCACAGCUACCAGGGCCCUCUGCCUCCAUCCCUGCAGGAUCACAGCCCAACUAAGUGUCAGAGCAAAGGGUCCACAGGACCACUGCACACCCAGUCUUCAGUUUCUCGCUCCACCCUCCCUGGUCACACUAAGACCUAUGAAACCACAAGACAGGAUCACCAGUCACCACAGGUAUCAUCUGCAGUUAGGACACUUAAAUAACAGUACAUUACGCACAUUACAGUAACAUGUGCCUGAAACCUUGAAUUUUUUUUUUCAUCAUCAAGGCACCUCCACCUCCACCACCACCCCUGCCCCCACCAUGUGACCCACCUCCACUGCCCAAAUCUGAUGUCAGUGCUUCGGACACCAACCACAUGAGCGUGAAGAGGCUACGCUGGGAGCAGGUGGAGAACUCAGAGGGGACCAUUUGGGGUCAGGUGAGCGCUGAUCAGCAUUACAUAAUAUUCUGAUGAUAAGAAGUGAUAUUAAAAAGUCGAAGGCACGACUCAGUCUAAAAUCCCAAGAAUCUCCCAGACAGUAAAUACAGUGAAGGACAACUUGUGAAUGUUCACGCUUUGGCUGUGAGUUUUCUCACUCCUCCUACAUCUAUCAUUCCGUAUUUGGAAAGAGCGACUCAUCGACUCUGUUGUGUCUCUGAUGAGUCAUGGCAGCGUCAAAGCAAAAGUCUUUGUAAACAGAAUAUGGUGCUCCUCAUCUGUUCAAAUACACCACAAUGUGGACUCUGUGGUUCUGGUUUCCAGCCCUAUCAGACAUGUCUGUUUACUGUCUAUAUAAAAGGAACUUCUCAACAGCUACCCCUGAGUUAUAACUCAGACUAUGUCUGUGGAGAGCACUUUAUUGAGUCCUUGUCCUUGUCUUUGAACUUGUUUAGCUUGGAGAGGAUUCAGAAUAUGAGAAACUCACUGAUAUGGUGAAGUACCUGGACCUUGAUUUGCACUUUGGGACCCAACGCAGACCCAGUAAGUCAUCAAUGUCACACUUGAAACCACUUUGUAUGUUGCCUCACAUUGUGUUGCAUUACAUCAUGCUUGAUUUGAAAUUAGGAUAGUAUUCCAUCAAGCUAGAAAUCAGAGUUUGCUGGAAAAGUGUGUUUAUUUGCUCACAUUUCCUGUUUUGUUUGUGCCUUCACAGUUUUGAUGCUCUGCAUAACCUGUUUUUGGAGCUGCUUACUUCACCUGUUCAUCACUUCCACUCUCCAUACGGCACCAAACUCCCCCCGAUACUCUCCUCUCAUAACAGAUCUUAGUAAUAACACAGCUCUGCUGGAGGAAAAACACAACUCUCUGUUAUUUAUUGAAGAUUUCUCAGACCUUUUGGCCUCCAGACACUCAAGUGACAGAGCUGCGUUAUUAACCCAUACACCUGCCACCUGUUACCACAGUAUGUUUGUGCGUAUGUGUGUGUGUUAAUUUACGUGUAAAUGUGUGUCUUCGUGUGAUUGUGUUGACCCCCUGGUGCCUGGAGAACCUUUCCUUACACUGUUGUUGAAAUUAUCAGUGUCCCCUCCAGAGCCAGCCUUCCUGCCAGACAACUUUAAAAAGAAAGACGUGUUGGAGAUUCUGUCUCAUAAGAAAGCCUACAAUGCCUGUGAGUACCAUGAAAACAUACAGAAGGUCAGACAUCUGGUUGAAGUGUGUCAGGCUACUGCAAAAUAAGAAAAAGAAAGGAAUUAACAAUAGUUCAUGAAAGUUAUAGACCUAAAUGCUUGUUGACUUUGGUUUGUGCAUAAAGGAUGAAGAAAGAAUGGACCACAGCAAUUGAUAGCACCAAUAGUUUUGCAUCUAUUGCCCCCGCUAUGUGCGGUGGCUCAAGCUAAUGAUGCUAAUGCUAUUUAGUCACAUACAUUAGAUUUGCAGACUCCAGCUUGUGUGUAUUGAGAUGAGCUAUCAGCAUCUUCCCUCUCUCUAUGCUCAUUUUCACAAUUGAUUUGAGCUCCAUCCAGAUAAAAGCACACAGAAAGAAGAUGCUGACAGCUCAUCUCAACUGAAUGCAAAACACGAGCGUGAAUCUGCAAACCUAAUUUCUUAGUGGUUAAUUGUUGAGUGGGUUCAAAACUGAUGUUAGGUAUAUUACAGAGUUUAAAGUAAAGUUUCUUCUCUGAGCCAAGCAAGCAGGAGCAGCUUGCAUUAAUUCCCAUAUUUAUCUUUGUAUUCUUUUUCAGGAAUAACCUCUUGAGAUUUGUCAUCUAGAUUUCAAGGAGAUCUUCAAAAAUGUGCAAAAUGAUUCCACUCCUGGUUUUAACAAUAACAGUCAAGCCAAACUCUGUAUAGAUAUUUGAAAUUAUAAUCAUUCAGAGGUGGAUGUUUAAAAAUACUGCAGUGCAGUUACCACCCACUCAGCAGAAAGUGAAAGUUUGACCUCCAUGUCAGUGGCUGGUGGCAUUUGUAAAUUAGACAUUUCUGUAAGCUUAUUUGCAGAGAAAAGGGUCACUUUCACUCCAGUUAAAUGCAUGAUGCCUCAUUUCAAUAAGUGCAAUACUAAAAACUCCAUUUACUGUGUAAUCAGAAUUAUGUAGCUUCCUUUUAAUAAGAGCUUCUGUUUCUCACUAGAAUCAACAAGUCAAUCAUUGUACUGUUAACAAAGGACCAAACCAGCUGAGAGAGAAUGAACUGAAUUAUUCAAGCCUGAAUUAGAGAACAUGUUUAUUAAGAAAGGGGCAAUCAUCUUUUGGGAGACUCAUUCAUUUAAAUACAUUUUACAUUAAAUUAGAUGAAAACAUUGCGGUGACUAACACAACGAUUAAACAGUGACAGUGAAAGGCUGACUCACAAGAUCUGCUGCAGAUUUAAAGGAAACAUCCACUACUUUAUGAUUAUGCUUGACCAGAAUGAGUCACUGUUUGGCAGCAUUAUGUAAUACCGACUGUUAAAUAUAAAAUGCAACAAUGGUUCAAGUGAAGCGAUCAACAAACACAAUGUAAUGAUGCUGUGAUUAGAAAAGACGCUUGUUAAAGGAGAUAGGUACUUUCAGUUCUUGUUAAAGUGUUAGAGUAGAUGGAGUUAUAUAAAAUAUCUUAACACAAGUUGUUGAGGUUUCUGGUAAUCUUGCUGUAAAAUAUUCACAUUUACUUUUACUUAUGGGAUUCAUUUUAAUUUUUAGUAUAUCGUUCCAUGUGUUAAAAACUAUAAGAACUUGCCUACAUGUUAAUAUAGCAAAAUUUUAAAAGAUUGUUAGCCAAGUCAGUCAUUUCUUCACUGAUUCACUGUACAGUAUAAGAAUAAUCGAGGGCCUGUGUCCAUUAACUGCAGUUUUUUUUGUUCUAGCAGUGACUACAUUCAGUUUCAUUGCUCAACAUCCAAGACAUAGAUAGACUUCCAGUUUUUUUUUUUUUUUUGUUACUCUGUUAAAAAUAGUAAAAUUAUUUAAAAUUAUUUUUUUUAAUGUUUUGUUGUUAAAAUCCAUGAAAGUAAAAUAAUGUGAAGCACACAGCGCACUUUAAAAAUGACUUAAUCACUCCUAAGAGAAAUGCAAAAGACAAAUUUUGUAAUCUAGCAACAAUAAUUGCAAAAGUUUGAGAAGUACUUUGAAAUCUGAUAUGGAGUAGAUGGGCGGUACCUGAACAAAAUACUCUGCAAGUGGACACAGGCCCUAAUUCUUGUAAUAUAACCCUUAUUUUUGAGGUCUUGCGACUCAAUAGAAAACUACCUUGCACAUCCAUAUCAACCAGUAUUUUUUCUAGUUUUCAGUCACACAGUGUGGGAGUUUGCUAAUAAUUAAACAUGAAUUUUUUUAAAGAAAGAAAACAGACUUAAUCCUCCAUGUCCUCCCCUGUUCCCGUCCUCCUCUUCCAUUCUGCAGCCAUCCUCAUCGCCCACCUGAAGCUCUCCACCUCAGAGCUUCGUCAGGUCUUGAUGAACAUGACAACAGACAGGCUGGAGCCAGCUCACAUCAAGCAGCUUCUGCUCUACGCUCCCGACGAAGAUGAAGUCAAGCAGUACGAGCAGUUUGACGACGAUCCGGCAAAACUUAGCGACCCCGACCAGUUCAUUUUCCAGGUAGGAUUGCAAAAUUAACACCAAAGUAACAAAGCAGAAUUGAAAGAUUGGAGUUAAUGAGCUUUUUGUUGAUCACAGAUGCUGAUGGUGCCUGAGUAUAAGACCCGUCUCCGAAGCCUCCACUUUAAGGCGACCCUGCAGGAGCGGACAGAGGAGAUGAAAGUUGCAUUUGACUACAUCUAUAAAGCAUCAGUGGAGCUGAGAAGCAGCAAAAAGUUGGCUAAAAUCCUGGAGGUAAACAUUCACAACAGGGAAAUGAAAGCACGGCUUUAAGUCUGUAUGGAAAAAGUGGUUCAAUUAAGCUUUUCUGCCCGCAGUUUGUUCUGGCGAUGGGGAAUUACCUAAACAACGGGCAGCCAAAGAGCAACAGAACAACCAGCUUUAAGAUCAACUUUCUGACUGAGGUACGGCAUUUACACCUGUUCAAGCCUCUUUCUCUUCAUCAUCUGUGUUCUGUUAUUUAGUCAUCCUUUCUUUCCUGUCCACUUUGCAGCUAAGCACAACCAAAACAGUGGACGGGAAAUCCACUUUCCUCCACAUUCUUGCCAAGUCUCUGUGCCAACAUUUCCCUGAGCUGCUCAACUUUCCCAGAGACCUGACGACAGUGCCGCUCGCUGCCAAGGGUAUAAAGACGUUGGCUCUGAAUUGCUCAUUUCCUUCCUGAAAAGUCGUUUAGAAGUAAAAUGUAGUCCUCUGUGGUCGGAGAGCUUUACUGUACCCUUAAAUUUAAUGAAUAUUCAUGCUGUGUUUAUAUUAAUUACUCUUAUAUAACUGUCUGUCUUUGUAAUAGGCAGAGAAGAAUGAUUGACAUUUCUUUAAACAUUACUCAGACUUGGAAACUUCCUGAGAUCUGUUUUUGCAUUAAACACGAUGCAGACCUGCUCGAUGGCCGCUGCAUUUGAGGAGACUCAUUACUUAAUUUUUAUGUGUUGCUCGCACAGUGAACCAGAAGCUGAUCACAGCAGAGUUGAGCGAUCUUCACGCCACCAUCCAGGACAUCAGGACGGCCUGUCUGAAAAUCCCGCCCACCUCUGAGGACCACUUUGCCUCUGUCAUGAGUGUAUGUGUGCUAUUUUGCUUUCAAACACACAGACAUAUGUGCUUCUUUACUUGCAUUAACACUCCUCUUUGUAGUUCCUGUCAGAGAGCGUGUGUGUUUGUAGUCGUUAUGAGAAAAUAAGAAUAUAAAUACAGCCACAGGAGACUCUAAACAUUCAUCUUUACGCACUGAUUUGUACUCCUUAUGUUGAGUGAGAUCAUUCUGAUGUGACCUGUGACUUUUUGCACCCUCAGAGCUUCUUGGAGAACAGCCACCCUUCAAUCCAGUCCCUGGAGUCCCUGCAGACCAGAACCAUGGAGGAGUUCUCUAAGGUGGCUUCCUUUUUUGGAGAGGAUGGCAAAUCCAUGAAAACGGAAGUCUUCUUUGGUAUCUUUGCAGACUUCGUUUCCAAGUUUGAGGUGAGUGAAGCAGCUGGGAUGAUUUUUUUUUCUGUCAAAUGCAGCAGGUGUUUGACUGAUUCCCACCUCCAAAACAAUUAGGUGUUCUGCUGACAGCAGCCUGCAGCUAUGAAGUGAUUAAGUGCUGCUGUCUGCGGAAUAACCAAAUGUGCUGCACACCUGAAACAUUAUCCUGUAAAAUGAGAGGAGAUGGUUGUUUUUGUCUUGCAGAGAGCUCUGAGUGAAACCCAGACUCCAGAAAACCCCAGAAGCCCCAGACUGUCUUCCCCUCUGGCCUGGUAGAAGCAGGAUACAGUACGUGGUGUGGUGUAUGUCAGGACAAACUGACAGGCCUCUCAGCUCCAGUUUCACUCUGCUCUCCACAACCAAAGUGCCAAGAUCACACUUAGAGACACUCAAACAAACAGGGACAGAGACCACGUCAUCGACAGCGAAAAAAAAGGAAGAGAUCACAGGGUGUCUAUCUGUCGAGAAUCACUGACGUUUCCACGAGUGUCUUGUGUGCUGUUAUUUCAGGUGCUGGAGGAGCAGGAACAUUCAGGUGUCCAACAGUCAACAGGAUCUCACCGCACACUGACCCCUCAAACCAGUCUUGACAGUAUUUACAUCUCCUUUUAGCACUAUAUUAACCGUCAUUAUAUAGCCAAUAGUUAAAGACACAUCAGUAAAACCAUAAAUAUUUAUUCAAUUGUCCCACUCUUUCUCAUCACGCCACUAAAAUGAGAUGUAAGUGCUCUAAACUGGUCUGAAUACUUACAGAGUAUCUGCUAUGUUUAAUAAAUGAUUAUAUAUAGUUUAUAUUUUCUAUCAGAUCCUAUUAAAAAACUGUAAAGACUAAGCGUAGAUGUAGACUGACGACAGAAAGCACAAGUGUAGUAACAAGUUUAGUUCAGUGUAGAGUCAGGCUGGACCGCUCAGAGGGUUUGAUUGGACUGUUUUUACCGAGUUAAACUCACUGCCUCUCAUACAGCACAGUUUGAGAAGUGAACAGGUGGCUAUGCAAACAAGAAUCUCGAAAGCGUGCUGCAAAGUAACCCUCAUUAUUUUACCACCUUGAAGACCCCCUUUAGGUAUAGAAACUAACUUUUUGCCACAGCGUCAACAGGCAGAGGUGAAAUGUACCAGAGUUCUUUCUGUGGAUUAAUUUGAUUUGAUGUGAAGUGUGUGUUCAGGCUGUCAUAAUUGCCAUUGACCAAUCAGGAUCAAGCUUUUAAAUCCACCUCCUGUAAGUAAAAAAAGACACUAAAGUCCACAUUCUGAUCUGAAUUUAAAGGUUUGGCUGAUUUUGUGUUUUCAACUAGGGCUGGGCGAUAAACUGCAAAUGUACCAAUACUGAAAUUUACGAUGAUAACCAACAUCAUUUUGUCCAUGUCAAUAUAUUCGGUGUCAAAAAAUAGAUAAAUAAAUUCAAGUUGGUUUUGGAUGUGUGGAGGUAGGGUAUGGUCUCAUGUCCCUUUAAGACGCUGUCCUGUGACGGAGAUGUGACUCCACCCCAUCCAGUCCAUAACAAAGAGAGAAAGACAGGUGAGGAGAUGGAGGUUAAUGUGGGAGGGGGUGAGCAGCUUAUGGAGUAGUUAUCGUCCAUUUAUCGUUUUUGAAAUGAACUGCUCAAUAUAUCGUGAUACUGAUUUGAGGCCAUAUCGCCCAGCCCUAUUUUCAGCCAUUUUUUUAACCUCACAAAGAAACAGAUUAUCAAAUGUGGAAAAAAAAUAGUCCUAUAAAAGGGAAAUUAAAAACCAAUCUUCCUAUUGAUACAAACCCAAAAUACAAAAAUACUUCAAUGUGUUCAGCUGGUGAGAAAUUUUUGAGUUUAUUGGCCUUACUUGGCUCCAGUAUUUUCUAGCAUUACCUGUCUCUUUGAGGUAGACUUUCCAAUAAACAGUUUAUCUUAAUGUUCAUCUUUCUGCUUCUAGAUCAGUGGAUGAUCACAGACAAUUUGGCUAAGCUCACCAUUUAAAAGUCUUGUAGAUAAAGUUUGAAAUUCUGACCAUCGCUGGACUCGAUCCUGCUCUUAUGAAACACUUUCAGAAGUCUUGUCCAUCAGACCAAUCUACACACAUUAACUGAGAUGUGUAUAAAACAGACUCAAGCAGAUUCCUCCUCUCUGACAUCCAGCUUCAGCAUCGCUAUCACACUGCCUGUCAAGACUCCACAAAGUCACUAACACUCAUUUAUUUGCAAAAACAUCCUUCAGAAAACAAUAUUGCACCUUCUUCCAGUGAGGUAACGCUGACUACAUCAGCGCGUGGACAGAUUUGGCUCUAAAAUCAUCUGUUUGGAAGUGAGUGUGGGUGGAAUAGCAGAUCUUCAUUAUUAGUGUCUUCUUCUUCUUGUUGUUGGUGCAGAGAGAUAAAGAGCAGCUGAAAAGUGAAAAAGGCUGUUUCUGGCAGAGAAGACGACUAAGAGUUGUUGAGCAUUUCAUGAGCGUCGUGAAAGCAGCCUUUUUCAAACACGUGGGCGGCUGCUGAAUGAAUGAAUGAAUGAACCUCAAGUGCAUGUAGAAAACAACAUCCUACCGUAUAUGGCCAUUUCCUGCUUUUCUGGUCGUCAUGGUGAUCUGAUGACUCACCUACAGUACAGUGUAUCUGUAGCUGUGUUGUAUUUAUGUCGAUGAACUAUUGUUGAUAUUGUAAAUUGACUGUUUUUGCUAUGCACAUGCUGUAUGCCCAUCUAUCCUCCAGGUCCUGGUUUAUUUUCAUAUGCAAGAGCGUCAUCAGGAAGUUACACUUUAAUUUAUUAUUUUUGCACAGCUUUUUACCAGCCGACUUUGAUCUUGUAAAAAUGCAACCCUAGCUGCUACUAGUGCAGUAACAGUGUUUCUUGUCUGGAUCAGUUGCAUGUUGGUGCAGUUAAUGUAUGAAAAUGUGCAGCUGGUAGCAUUCCUAUCCCCUCUGGAUAUUUAAGUUUAAAGUUAAUGCAUUUCUGUUAGUCUCAUAGGUUUAUUUAUGGGUUGCUUAAAGGUCCCCUUUUAUAACUGUUUUAUAUAUUUGUUUCUGAGAACUCAUGUUUUGUGAUUUUUCGUUUUGUUCAAUGCUUCUAAAUGGAGGAUUUGUUUUUAAUCUGUACAAAUAUCAUGCUUGAAAGUAAAAACUUCUGACUUA